AUCCUUGAACUAGAGCGUUCGUAUCUUUAGUACGCACGGCUGGUUGAAAUCUGUAGCUGAAAUAUUCAAAACUCUUUUAAUAUCGUGAGAAGCCUCAAUAUUUCGGAAACCCAACCUUGGGCGAUUUUCCUGGCGACAAAGAAGAUUUUUACUACUUAUUUUAAAUCUAUCUUUAGGUCAAGAGAUUUAUUUACUCACAAAACAAUAGUAAAUAUCUGGGUCAAUAAUGAAUAUAACAACAACCAAUUAUGAGUACGUAUUUGAUCCUGCAAGUCCGUGUAAUCGAACUUAAACGGACUCGCACCAUCAUUCUCUAGCGUGCAUGUACUUCAUUAUAAUCCUCCAAAAACACAAGUUCAUUUCCUGCAUGCCAAGUAAACAGCGAACCUUAUAACGAUGGCCACUAAUUUGGGCCAAGAUCAGGCCGGGUUCAGUUCAUAUCAAACCAGGAAUUUUUUCAUUACGAUAUACAUUAUAAGUUACCACAACAAUUUUAAGAGCUUGCAUGGAUCUUGUUUUUCAAAAUUAUGUUCUUUUUAUUAUCUGAGGAAGAAAUUCUGUUUGGAGAACCAUGUAUCAAAUCAAAUCAAUACUCCCGUCUAAAUGCUCUUCAAUUUGCAGGGAACUAGUGAUACUAACUCUUGCCAUGUUUUUCCUCCUUAUUAUGUAAUACGGGACGGACCAUUAGAAAAGUUAUGGGGGGGAGGGGAAUUUUCGAGCCGCAGGAAUUUUUUUUCGUUAUCAAAUUCCUUGUAUGAAUUUUUUUUAGCCCAUAGCAUGAAUAUUUUUUAGGGUUAAUUGGCGUGCACGAAUUUUUUUUCAUUUCAUUUUCCCUUGCGCGAAUAUUUUUUUUGUACUUCGCCCGUCCCCCCCCCCGCAUAAGUUUUCUAAUGGUCCGUCCCUAAUUUAUAUCAAUAUACCUAGCCUCAGUAUAGUAUCCGUAGAAUAGUAAUAUCCAUGAUAUACAGUAAUUACAGUAAGUCGUACCCAGAAAAACUCUAACAUUUAUUGCCCGUUUACCGGAAAUUGAUAAUUUUGUUGUCUGUCUGAGCUGGGCUAAAACACUGCUGACUAAGCUAUAUCUAGUGGAAGCGCUUUUAUUGACCGGAAAAUGUAAUACGAUUGAAUAUUUAGGGACUUAGAAUGCUAGAAACAUCUAAACAUGUCGUGUAGAGCCAGAGAUAUACUGAAACGCUACACUGGGUUCCAGAGGAUACUUUUUUGUUUAUAUCGAUACUGAUAGUUCCCGACGAAGCCGCGUCAACGAUCAGGCGCGAACAGGCGCGAAACGGCGAGAGAAAAAAAUUGCAUGAUCAAACCGUAAGCAAGGUACUUUGCUUUGAAUGCAAGGUACUUUGCUUUGAAUGUAUUUUCCGAACGAACCUCUGGAGCCAGGGUGCUGAAACGCAUAAAUCUAAUAUUUUUAUUUCAGAAUUCAUUUGAAUCAGUAAAAUUCCUCGUCGGAUAUGGUAAUGCAAUGCUUUCUUCAUAGACGAGUAAAAAUACACUUUUCUAUAUUUUCGACCCUUUCUGGGUGAAUUAAUACACUAAAUUAGCAGAUCUGAGCAUUUGUUUCAUUUCUUACCUCCUAUCUGCUUUUCUGAAUCGCACUUUUUAAAAAUUUUCUUGCUGGGCUUACAAGGAAUUAUAUCCCAGUACGCAGGCGCCCGGGCCACACUUGACGCAAAGUGGGUAACGCAAUUGGUCACGCAUCUAUUGGGCCUUUACCGUGCGUGUAACAAUAAAAGGUGAAUUUCAGAAUAUAAUAGAUUGCAUUUCGGUUAGCUAUCUGGCGAGCUCAUUUAACUAGACAACGAUAAUUACUGGGUAUCUGUCCACUUUAGAAAAUAUUUGACCCCGGUGAUGACUCCACUCGGUUAAUUCCCAGUCCUAAUCGAGUUGCUAAGUGGAUAUCUGUUUCCUCGAGACGAAACAGCUCGAGAGGUUUUGAUUUGAAUUUGAAUAACAAAGACAAUUCCCACUUCGUCGCUAAAACAAUCAUGAUGACAAACCAAAAGACUGUUUUCGUGUCAUUUCCUAAUUUGCUCAUGUGAAGAAUUAUUGUUAAAGGCGAAGGUAAAGACGACCUAACACGUUGGUCAGCAGUUUCGGAUCAUCGUCCGCUCGAUUGUCAACAUAUAACCUCUAGAUUUGCGGUAAAUAUUUGACGAUCGAAGAAAUAUAAACACAAAACUCUUGAUGAGCAAACAGUAGAAACGAGAGAUGAGUGGCGGUAUACGAAGCAAUCCUAUCGAACGAAGAUUCAGAAGGCGACAAACUGAAGAUUAUCAUCAACGGGUAUGUAGAAAUCGUUCGUGCGAUCUUUACAAAAACGGUUUGAGUGUCGGUUACAGUCGAUGUUUUUAAUUCAGUUAAUAGUAAUCACAGCUGUAAACCAUUGCGUUUUUGAAUUCGCUUCUACCUUUACGUAACUGUUAGUUAACUGAAUGACAUCGAUCGUGUACUUGUUUUACUUCGUCUCGGCGAGGCGCAAACUAUGAUCUUUCGAUAUAAACAUACUGUAGAUCGAAGUGAAUUUUAAUACGGCGCACUGGCGUGAACGUCCUACAUGUAGAUCUCAUAUCGAGUUUGUAUACUGUUGUAUAUGAAGCCAAUAUAAUUGAUUGGAACAGUUGUAAGAAAAAAAGACCAGACGGCGUUUUGCCAGGUUAAAUGAUAUCAAAUCAAUUUAAGUGGUCGUCCUUCAUACAUGCAAUAUCAUCCAGCAGAUUUUUUAAUUCACUUGCUUCCGUAUUUGGUGCCUGUCAAAUAGUAAAAACAUUAUUAAUAUUAGUAUGUAUUUAUAUAGGGUCAACUUAUAUCCGCGAGGGAAAUGUGUGAGAGUAGAGACAUUUUAAAAACCCUUGACUGAAGUAUAUUUUCACCUCAUCUGUUAAAUAUUUACAUAAUUUUAAUUUACUUUCAGUCAUGGCAACAAAACGAAUUUGGAAAACGAGUUUGUUGCUCCAAAUUACGCUCAACUCUAUAAUCUUUGUAAUUUGAUGUACUUGUUAAUUUUAGCUGCAAAAUGUCAAGCCAUUCCUUGAUAUUACACCACCAAAAGAACAUCAACACCUUCAGUUAUCUGUAAAAAAGCUACAGGUAAGGCACUUUAAUUUUUUGUUAGCGGAAAUGUCUUAAUAACACUUUGUCCAAUAUUCAGAAAUGUACUUGCCUUUUUAUUACAUAAGACUGAGAAAGAGAAAUAUAACUGGAAUAUGGUUUAACUGAGCGGAACUUUAACGAAUUAGUUUUUUUGCAUCCUAACCUAAGCGAUGAUGGUAUAAUUGAGGCCUAUGCACAGAGCAUCUAUCAUGACAGAGUUUUCUAACAAAUUCAAGUUCUAGAAGUAUCUGAAUUUCUUCUGAUUCUAUUUUUAAUUGUUCCACAGAUGCAGCAGGAAAGACAGGCUGCCAUUGAUCGACAGAAUGAAGUGAUUCUUUCAGCACUGAUGAAAAUCAAACAGUCACCUGCCAGAGUAGACCAUUGGAAAAAGGACUGGAAACCAAGGUUUGUUAAUUAACUAAAUGUUACAGAACUAUGGACUGACCGACUCACAAGUGACUGUGACUUUGAACGUCUGACUGACGGACUGAUUUAACAACAGACUGUUGACUGAUUGACUCACUGAGUGAGCGGCUGACUGGUAACACGCCGGCUGACGUUCUUAGGGCAUCGACGUCACGCGCUCCUUCGUAGCGGUUCUGGUUGCGGUUAGAGAGAAGGCGGGGGGGGGGGGGAGGCUGCAUGAGGAGCCAAAAGAACGUCUGCGUGGGAGGCUACAGCUGACUGACUGAUCGAACGAUGGACUAAAGGCAGACUGGCUAACUUAUUGAACGACGUAUAUACUUCAGGCUGGCGGACUGAAUGCUCAUUGUUGAACGAAGUACAGCAGGCUGACUGCGACUGGCUGACUGAUUUUACAAAGUACCACAGGCUGGACUGACUAGGGAGCUUCAGCCUAGUAGCAUUGACGACGGCGACGGCAGAGAAAAUAGUCACUUUUAAAAGGAAUUCGUGUGUUUUUCAAUGGCGUUUUUCACUGAAAAUGAAUUCGCUGAAAAUGUCAAAUGAACGCGAAUUUCCCUUCAGUUGAUUUCUUGAGGAUCUGUCGAACAAUUAGGACCGCACUCAAAUUUAGAAAGAGAAAGAAAAAUUCAUCGUUGGGUGUUUACGUCCUCCAUAAAACGUGAAAUAAGGCAUUUUCGCGUCGUAGUCUUGUAGGGACGGCAAAGAAAUGUUCAAAAACAUGUCAUGCACAUGCAAAGUUGUUGUUUCGCUCUUCAAACCUAUUGCUUUUUUCCGUUCUCGUUGCUGUCGCCGACGUCGUUGCUAAAGACGGAGUGCAGCCUGACUAACUGACUGACUUCUGCUGCUUGGACGAUUGUGUCCGCAGGUUGACUUGCUCACUGAUUGAACGACGGAUAGAAGGCCAACCAGUGGCUUAGUGACUGUGUUUAACUCAGUGACUUACUGCAGGUCUGACAAGUUUUCGACCAAGGACCCGUUCACCUUGCUGCGUUUUCGUUUAAAAACGGGUACGUUUAGAUGCGUUUAGACCUUACUUUCACGUCACACUAAUACGCUGACCAUUUUAUCGAAAACCUGUCGAUUUGAAACGCUCUUGAAAGUGGAUCAAAACGAGAACGCAUACAUAUCGUAUUAGCGUGAACGGUCGAAAAAAUUAAAUGUAACUCGAAAAUUCCCCACCCACGCGCGACUUAACUGUUCUAAUGGUCCGCCCCUAAAUGAAUGAGUGAACCGUUUAAACCCUAAUAUCAAAAUUGAGAUUCUCAUUUACUGGCCUAUACUUUUUCAAUAGAAGUAGUGAGGAGAAUUUGUUGUAAUAUCAAUUAGACUCAUCUUCGUUGAUCAUGCAUUCAAUUCUCAUGUCCACUCUGUUUUACAAAGCAUUGGUAUUACAAGGAGAAAUUUGAUGCUGAUCACUCUUAGGGCUGAAAGGGUUAAACAAAGAUUGAUUGUGUAGGUGAUUUACGUUUCUCUCCGACUCCGGCAGAGAUUGACCAGAAUGGCAUGAGACAUUCGGCAUGAUUUUAAAAUGUAUCGCCCCAUAUAAGAGAAUCCAUUCUGGAUUCCGAGCCGUGGAUUCUGGAUUCUUUGUCAAUGGAACUUAGAUUCCGGAGUCGAAUCGUUGGUGAAAUUUCUUGAGCUGGAUUCCGGAUUCCAAAGCCUGGGAUUCCAGAUUCCAGAAGCAAAACUUCGUCACAUUCCGGUUUUCACAAGCAACAUUUUCUGGAUUCCGGAAUCCGUAUUCCCUUACGUGGGGCGAAAUGUGGCUACAAGACUUACCUGACCGAAAAUUAAAAGCGGGUUUUGUUUCUCUUUUAGCGAUGAUAGGUUGAAACGAUUCAGAGAGAGAAAGCAGAGAAGGAUACGAGUGGAAAAUCAGGUUUGCACAGACACAUUUUGAAUAGUGAUUUACGUCUUCAAAAUGCAUGCUGAAAUAACGGAUCACGUGUCAUUGAUUGCCCAUGUAACGGCUACCAGCCCAUCACUCGGUGCGCACGCAACAGCAUAGGGCGGGUUUAACCAUAUUGUAAAGCCCUUGACUUUUGAUUGAUCUUAAUUUUGUGGAUUAGCCUGCGAAUACAGCUGUCUCUCAUCGCUCGUCGCCCUCUACGCUACUCAGUAGUGGCGGUUCAACCCGAUAUAUCUAGUGUCAAUUGUUUGAACUGUUUUCGACAUUACGACUUAACGGAUAAAUACAUAUCGUUCCGCUGGAUAAAAUGUUAUAAUAAACCUUAUUGUGAAAUCGCUGAAGAUGUUGACUUAGCGAGUCUGAGAGAAUUUGUAGCGGCCUUCCUGUUGCAACUCUUUAAGCGGUCUUUGUCUCUUCCCCAUAGGGUCCCAGAAGGCUGCUGUGUUAGUGCACAAUUAGAAAGCAUGAUCCGUUUCUUCUCCUAGAGGCCAUUUCACCGAGUGCUGCAAAAGAAGUCUCUGUGCCGGAGUAGAGAGGAGUUAUGCUUUCCACAAAAUGUACUACCACGCCGGCUUUCUGGGCUAUGAUACUCUGUGGAGAUCUUUUGUGGCUUUAUUUGAUGUCUUGAUUGUAUAAUUGCCCUCUAACUUUGUCUCCUACUUCCACUGUGCAGAAACAACAGGAAAGACUAAGAAACAUUCAGCCGUACUAUGACGUUGAUGAGUGGGUGAGUUUCAUUUAUACUUACUUUUUCUGUCGUGACACGAAAGAGAACUCCCUUUGUAGCUAUUUACUUUGUAACUGUGACUUUGAGUAGAGAGGGAUACUGAAAGUUCAGUAUUGCUAGAAAGAGAACUUUUCAAAUUCGGACCAGUAGCGUUCAUUUAUGAGUACGCGUUGCAUGGAACAUUUUAAAACAUUGACAAAACCUCUUUACAGAAACUUGGCGCUUUACUUUUCUGUUAAUUUAGGUCUUUAAGUGAACAGUUUGACUUUAGACUUACAGCAUGAACCGCGUUUAACUAAAAGCUGGUAGAAAAAGAAUGUAGCUCUUGACUAGUUAUCUUUACAGGAAAAGAGGUUGUGCUGUAAUGAUCUCUUAAACCGAUCAUUUAUAAGCGCCUUACUCGAACAAUAAGUGCGUUAGUGUUGCAAGCGUCCGUAAGGCGGUACCAGCUGAGUUUCUUUCAUACUUGUAAGACCAGGUUCGCUACUAGGGGCCAGAUAUGGCCUAACAAGUUCUUGACUUUCAACUUGCAAUUGUUUUUAGGAAAAAGAUUUCAAAAAGCACCAGUACUAUUUGUGGAUGUUAGAUGGAGGAACAAAAGACUACGAGGAAAUUGAAGAUGAAGACGAAGAGGUACUUUAAAGCGUUCGUUUUUAAACAUUUUUCAUAAAGCAAAAGCCAAGACUUUGGCUAACGAAUCACAACAGACGUGGACAAACCAGUUCAGAUCUUGGUUGAGCAAAAACACUGCUUAUGGCCCGAUAAUUAACUUUCCCGGAAAGCUGUAUGAAGUUAAUGUUGGUACUUGUGUUUACGUGUAAGGUAGAGGUUUGGAUAGUUUUACAUUGAAAACAAAACAAAAUAGACGGGUGUGUUAACUAGGACACGUGCUUUUAUUCUUUAGAUUUGGAUUUGAAUAUUUCGGAUUUCGGGCCCGAAAACUAACAGGGACUUUCGAGAAACGGGUCCUUGUCAUUUGACCAAGCGCGCGUAAACACUUCAACUAAGUCACUUUGACCUUCUUCUGACUAGCUUAUUUGGAAGCUUUAGCAACCAAAACGGCUACAUAGCAACGACAGCAACGUAGCCUGCGUAGCAAGGGAUUCCGUGCGAGUUCGUCAAGAAAGUCGGGACGCGAGCUAUUCUCCAACUUUUGCGCAAUAACUCGUUCGGAAACGCUUGCUACACAGGCUAACAGGAACUAAACACUUUUUGGUUCACAGUCAGCUUUUUUUUUUUCAAUCUUCGCAACUGGUUACGAUCCGUGAGAAUUCAAUUUAUGAGAAUUCGCCAUAAGUUGAGCGAGCGAGUUGGAAUAAUCGCAGUAAUGUUAAAAGCCACAGGUUUUAUUACAUGAUAACUAACACUUUUGCUCAGUACCAUUUUGGACAUGGUUCAGUAUUACAUGCCCCUAUUAGCUGUGUAUGAGCAUGUUUUGACGCAUAGAGGUAUUUCUCAACAAAGGUCUUUUUAAUAAGAAGUUUCGCAAGAGAGUUCAGCUUGGUUUUUCUUUUAGUUCGGCCGAUAUAGCUUUUCUAACAUGAUACGAUGGGUGUUGAAAUUUACAGGAAGAUGAAAGCGACGAAGACAAACUUCCUCCAGUUGUAAGUACCAAAUUUCAAACUGCCUCAGUUGUAAAUUUAGUUACUACGCUUUUCAAAACAAAAAAGCGAAUUGUGAAGUUCAAAAACCAACUGACGCUGGAGUUUUUCGCUGUCGUCAAUUAUCUUAGCGGAUCUCUUAGGAAACAGAAGUUUACUUCAACGGGUUCAAAAGGUCAUGCUUUGUGAUUUGAUUGGUGGAUUUCGAUCUAUUUUGUGUGUUUUUGUGUGUCAGGGUUCUUUGCUUGUGAUCAUAAUUAUGAUUGAAGGCAGCGAAAAACGCAAUUGUAAAGCGGACUUUUGAACUUCAGAGUUCGCGUGUUUGUGAAAAGCGCAGUAAAGCCGUCCUUACAAAUACGCCCCUGUCAAAGUCAUGCGUCCAUCACAAAUACGCCCUCUUCCCCAGAGCCACUCAAUUUGACACCUUCCCCUUCAUGUCAUGCCAAGAAACGGCGGGCUCUGGGGACGUCAUGUAUGAAAACAACGAUAUUCAUUGCUGGUUUGCAACCACGUGACAAGGCGUCCACGCUGGUGCACAAAACAAUACAAUUUUUUUUCGAGAAUUUGUAUGAACAAAGAGUUAGUUCCCACCGAAAGAAAACACUCUUAACCAACACGGUCGCCGUCAAGUCAGCUGCAAGGCAAGGCAGCGAUUCUGUCAACUACCCUCUUGAUCAGUUUUCCUGCUGAGAAUGGGCCUGAUCUGCGGUUAUUAUACUGUCAAAUGCAUGAAUGUGAACACCCGGAGCUAAGUGAUUGGCGGUAUUCCUAACGUUUUCACUAAUCUUUCUGGAACCAAGGAGACUGCCGCCAACUAAUAGAAGAGAUUCAUCCCGACAUGUAUGUAAAGUGAGCCCACCUAGAUUGUUCAUUAUCCUGUUGUUUACGGUCGCUUUCGUCCUGAUUUCAGCCCAACUCUAGCCCCAGUCCAGAUGGCGAGAAAGACGCCGCGAAGAAGAAGAAAGAGGAAUCUGUGAAGCUGCCUCCUAUUGAUGGCAAAAAGAAGAAAGAAGGCAGUAAGAAGAAAGAUGAGUAUCCUGAACAUGUUGUUAUUAUGGACGCCGAGGACAUGAACAAAGCAAUUGAAGGUGCUUACGGAUAAUAUUAUUAAUUCAGUUUUUGUCCCUUAACGUCUUCUUAUGUGUAAUACAGGUCGAAAGUAUUUACUUGAUUAGGGGUGAUAGUAGCGAAACUGCACCUCACCCUCCCUCCCAAACUAUCAUCAAACUGCCAUUCAUUGCAGAUUCACAAUCUUGCAUUUUUGAAAAAUUGACUGCGUUGUUGUAAAAUCGUUAAGAUAAUUAUUAACAUUUUUAGUUCCUUUAAUUAUUGUUCCUUAGAAAAUGACAAGGCAAAGAUCCUCGAAAUCCUGGGAAGAGUGUCUGAAAAGAAGAAGUUGGAUAAAUUAAAACAGAAAUACAAAGAACUUUACGACAAGGUCAGGAAAAUUAAACUCUUAUAUCGUUAAUUAGAAACGUGAUUGAUGGACUAACACAAACAAUUCACUUAAGAAGUUUGUUUGUAUUGUUAGUUGUUGGGAUGUCUGUUGCUCCCUCGUUGUUAACUAAUGAACCAGCUGGUUUGUUUGACUGUCUUUUAUUUUGUUCAUACCAAAAAGGAUUUAAUGGAAGAAGUCAAGGCUAAACUUGACGAAGAGAUGCAGGACACAUUAGACUCCCUUGGAUGUGGAGUAGAAGAGGAUGCCACUAAACUAUAUGAGGCGAUGAAAGUAAGACUUUUUCUCUUAACUUGGUUAAACUUUGGGUGUAUUUAGAUGUUACGAGAUAAAGGUAAAGAGUCCUUAUUUUACGUCGGUAGCACUGGAAAAUUAAUGGAUAUCUGACCGUGAACAAACCAGAGGCAGACGGCGGCUCAUUUUACCCCUCUCUCUCCGUCAGUGCUCCGUUUUACGGGUAUUGAAAGCUACUUCAAGCUACAAGGAAAGGAAAGAAGUCGAAAGGGGGAUUUGAGGUCACUCCUGGGAAUCAAACUCGGCACCCUCCGCACAGAAGGCCGCGCACUAACGAACUUUACUAAUCCUUCCUCCUGUUCAUUUCCUGGAGACACUGUCUAAAGUCGUUAGCCAAAUCUUUGUACCUUUCAGGGAAUAGGCACCGACGAAGACAUAUUGAUCGAAAUUUUGUGUACAAGAACAAAUUCGGUAAGUUGAAAGCUAAGUGGCUACUCUUUAUUAUCAUGGAGCAGAAAAAUGCUCUGUUCAGUUUAUAGUGGAAGUGUAAUUAGCUGCUCUCGCUUACAGUUUACAGGCAAUACUCUCAAUAACUUGAACCAAAUAACACAAAUACAACGAAACAGGAUUAAAACCCCCAACUUGCAUGAGUCAACGAGAUGGCUAUUUAAAAGAUGACCGAGGAUUUGAAUUUAGCACAGCUCCAGCGAGUAGACUGAGCGAAACUUGAACUCAGGACCGCUGGGUGGCGACUUCGACGUGCUGAUUUCUCAACCACGCUACCUCUUUUUGCAGGAGCAAGAAAUAGCCAAAUUAUUUUUAAUUUUAUUGACUUUCUUACGUAAGCUAAUCUCAAGCAUUUUUGCCAGCAUUUUAACUGCUUUUCUCCGUUUCCAGGAACUUCACGAUAUUCGAGCUGCUUACAGCAAAAGUAAGACUUUUUACGUAUGUUACAUAUAUUUUAAGAGCCAGUGACAUAAAGGGUCCUUGUACUGACUCUUUUUCUGUUUCUGUUUGUGGCAGAAUACGAGAAUUCACUGGAGACGGACCUAAAAGGAGACACGAGUGGCGACCUUGAGACUUUACUGGUGGAGCUCAGUAAGGUAGUGAUCACCCUUAUAAUGGCUUUUAUAAUGGCUUUUAUGUUACUAGCUUGUGCAAGACAGAAAACGUUCUGUUUAACCGGCCCGCUUUAAUUCAUUAUGUGUAUGAAAAAUAUAGAAUCUUGACUGAAUUCAUUAUAAUUUUCUUUUUCGAAGACUAAACAUUUUCAAUUGUCAUAAUAAGUCACUGAAAUCAUUGAACAUAAAAUGUGUAUUUUGUUUCUUAUUUUGAAAAUAUAGAAUAGUCUUGACUUAAUCCAUUAUAACCGGGCAUACUUGCUUAUUUUUUCGCACCAAAAGGGGGCAAUUAUUUCAAAUAUUACCAACUGGAAGUUGUUCCCUAAAUAUUUUGUUUUAUUUUCCCUUUAAAUCAAAAAAUAAUCAUGUCAAAUAAACUGAACAUGGGCUUUUUAAGUGGUCCAAAUUUAGUUCCUUGAUUAAUAUUCAGAGCUUGAAUCGUCAGAUGGCGAGAUUGCAGGGGAGGGGCGAUUAUUCGAGGGAGGCGAUUAAUUAAAGUAUUUCCGUUAAAGAGGGGCGAUUAUUCGAAGGAGGCGAUUAAUCGAGGGACGGCUAUUAUUCGAGGAAAUACGGUAGCUAUUAUACUACAAGCCUGCUGCAUCAUGGAAGCAUUACAAAAACAGUAACUGGUCAAGGCUUCUCUCAUUUCGUUUCAACAGAUCUUUUUCAUGACUUACGUUCUUUUUAAUCAGUUUAUAAGGCUUUAAUUUAAUUUGUAAAGAAUAGCAAACAAAAGAACCUAUUUGUUUCACUCAAUUUUAAUAGGGUCAGAGAGAUGAAUCUACGAAGGUUGACAAGGAAAUGGCUAAGGCAGAUGCAAAAGAAAUUAUGGAGGUAUUUUAACGCCCUUUGCUUGUUACCGACUAAGUGGCGGAAGUAUUUUCUCUUUCUCUCGAUCGAAAAACUCGAGAAAAUGUAACAAACGCAUUUUGGACCUUUAAAUAAUGCACAUCAGUGAAAUACGUGCGUAGGGCUUAGGCCCUAUUCGUCGAACACUAACUACUAAAAGUGAUUGACGUGCACUCCAAUGAGCCAAUGAGUUUCACAAGGUUGGAUCUUUUGCUGGGUUUUGUAGUGGGAAGCAAUCAGUUGUAUAGCUACUUCCCCACAUUUGUUUCGCGAAUGAAACACGUUUAUCACAUGGCUACCCCCAGCUGUAUAUGUGGUUGUACCUGUUGUUUAUACACGUAUUUAAUAAGUAGUUCUUUGAGAAUCGAACGACCAGGAACGAGACGUCUGCGUUCGCAGGCUAAGUGAGCCAAUGUAAAGUAACGCCGUUCCUCGUCUAAAAAUUGGGACGGCUAAGACUUAAACUUACCUAUAUCCCAAGUCUAAUACGUCAUGUAAAGACCAACAGCGUUAACCACGUUGUCAGGUGGUUGUACUUGAUAUGGUGUUAGAUUAGGAGAAGAGUAUAUAUGGUCGAGUAUCAGGCCGCAUAUUGGAAGGUUAACAAGUUGACAAUUCCAUUACAUAACUCUAAUCUGGUUAUUCUCUACCAGGCUGGUGUGGCCAGUUGGGGAACUGACGAAGGCAAGUUCAUUCGCAUAUUCACUCAAAGAAGCAGACCACAACUUGCUGCAACAUUCCCGGAAUACAAGGCAGUAAGUUUUAAACUUAGGACAACUUUAAAUUCACGGGGAGAAUGGGGAAAUUUGGAUGGUGGUAAUGUAACCAAUUUGAAAUUAAUUUUUCCGCAUUCCGAGUACACGCAAGUGCUCUCCGCUUGGCACAAAGUAAUUCCUGUUCUCUUGCUGUUUGUCAGUUAACCAAAAAGGAUAUCGCAGAAUCAAUCGACAGCGAAAUGGAUGGGGACCUACAGAAAGCCUUUCUUACGUUAGGUAAGUAUCCAUAAGAAAGGCUUCCUACUUCCUCCUCUCAUUGUAUGAAAGGGGUUUGCACGGAUCAUGAAGAAAAGUCAUGAAAUUUAAGAAUUUCAUUUUCUAGGCCUGGAAAAUAUAGAAUUUAACUGUCGAUCAUGGAAAGUCACGGAAAAUUGAAGUUAUGUUUGGUAGAUUUAGUUACCUUGCAGAUGUCAAACAUGGAAAGAAAAAAAGUAAGCUGGAGACAAAAAAUUAAUCAGGGUGAACGGCACGUGCUUUGGUGGACACCAGACUUUGUGUCUGUUGAACUGAGUUAGGUAAAAAUCUCCAAAGACAAGAAAAGUUUUGAAAAUUUUGAAAGUGACCGUUAACCUAAGGCACUGGAAACCUGGAAAAGUUCCUGGAAAAAAUAAUUGAAAGUCGUGGAAUUUGAAGAGCCCGAAAGAGUACGAAUCUUAGUGUACAAAUUGACCUUGUUCACUUCAGUUUUGUUGCCCCAAUGUACAUUGUUCAAGUAUUCUCGUUAAAAAUAUAUUCUUCCUUUUUACCAUUAAUUAUUACAUUUUUCUUCAUCAGUAAAAUGCGUGCGGGAUCCAACUAGCUUUCAUUCGGACAAACUACACAAGGCCCUACAAGACGGUGACACAAAAACUGUGGCACGGAUCAUUCUCAACAAAAAUAAGGUAAAUAUUAGGCUUGCCAAUAUCUCUUGCUUCCUUCUCUUUUGCGAUUACUUAUUGCUUGUAGUAAAGCAGCUUUUUUCUUCUCUUAUAAGACGUUGAUUAAAACCCGUAGGUAGCAACAUUUUAUCUUAAAAUAGCUGGUUAUUUGCAGCUGCUGCGCAACGAACAGUUCCUUCAAUCCGCUGACUAUUUCCUUUGUUGUCUCAGGGGCAGAUUGAUGAGCUUUUGGCAGCAUAUAAGAAAGCUCACAAAGUAGAACUUGCAGAUGAAAUUGACAAGAAAUGCAAAGGAGACUUAAAGGCGCUUUUACUUGCCAAGCUAGGAAAAAAUGGUGAGUUUCAAAACCGUUACUGUUGGACUGUUAGGGCGCAUGCGGGUUCCGCGUUUAUCUCCUGAUAAGAGAGACGGUAAACUAGUCAGGAUUCUAGUUGGUGUUGUUGGGCCUUUCGCCCGAACUAGUUGUAUGCGUUUCCCUUUCUUUUUGAGGUCCAAGCCCCCAGGAAUAACGUGUAUGUUAAAGUCUGAGGGUUUUACACCCAGACGCCCAUUAGUGGGCUAUUCUCUUUCUAAGUCACUUGAUAACAGCUUCGAAUUUCGAGAGUUAGACCUCGAUUAAUUCAAUCAGGUGCCUGAAUUAUGUCGAAUCACACUCAAGAAUGACGAGAUCAGGUUAUGUAUUCAGUCGACCCUCUCUGUCUCUCCCUUUACAACGGUCCCCUCGGAAACAGAGGUUGAUAAUUGGCUGUUCUGAGAAAGUGGCCUUUAGUAGUGAGGUGCUCCAAGCAGAUGUUCGAUUCUACACUUGCAUGCAUGUUACCGAAAAAAAUAAUCAUGCAACCUAUAAUCGAGUUAAGAAAUAUCGCUAGUAUACGCCCUCUUGCGACUCAUUAAUUUUGUUUGUUUGUUUGUUUGUUUGUUUUUUUUUUGUUUCACUCAGGUAAAGGGAAAGAAAAGGCCAAGAAGCAGCAGAAGGUAAAUAUGAUUUGUUGUACAUGUAGCUGUCUUUUGUUUGUUUGUUUUUUUCCUUUUUUUGUGCGCUUUCACUGACCGAUUUGUUUUCCAGCCUGCAGAGAAACCCGCUGACAGGGCCAAGAAAGACGCAGCGAAAGAUAAGGCGAAAACCAAACCUUCAGCAGCAACUCAGGAGAACAAGAAGACAGAUAAAAAUGCAGAAAAGAAAGCAAAAGAAGAGGAAGCUGCCCUUGAAAAGGACGCUGACGAACUGCAUAAGGCAAUUGAAGGUAGAUAUGUUUUUCUUCAUUGCAUAACGAGAACCACUUUUUGUUGGAAAUUUGGACACCGAGUUUGCUCAUCAAUUGUUUGUCAACCUGCAAGCUGAUGACUGAAGGUGCAGAUUACUUCCGUCAUAUCAGAUUGGUUUUCUUCAACUAUCCUUCAACUGACAUUAAUUGUCGAUCGAAGUCAUUUGUACUAACUUUAUCAGAUAGCACACAACGCUAUAAUUUAGUGUUGUCUUUAGUUCCUCUCGUAUUGGGCUGAAUUAUUUUUCAUGUUGAAAUUAAUAGCAAUUCUGUUCUUCAUAGGUGAAAACAAGGCCCAGAUUGUGGAUAUUCUCGCGAAAAACUCUGCGAAUAAGUCAAAGCUACAGAAGCUUCAAGACAAGUACAAGAAAAAACACGAUAAGGUAGCGGUAGCGGUUUUCUUUAUUUCUUACCCCUCUCUGUUGAUCGCGUUGCAUUAUGCCGUCGAUUUCUUUGGCACUCAAACAAUUUUAAGCGUUGAAAAACUUGAAAUGUUAAAAUUUUAUCGCCACUCUUUUUAGAAAACUUCGAGUUUUAUUUUACAGUUGUGAGUUGGAUCACUGUUUCGCUUUGUCACGUGAUCUCCAGUAAAGAAAGCACCAGAUUGAUUAAGAGAACGUAGCGGAACUAAGAUUAUAUAAUUUCGAUUUUUUUCUUUGUGAAAUUCCAUAUGCAAUUUAUACCUUGAAAUUCACAGUAUUUAAACAUUUUUGUAAUGAGGCAUGAUUUUGUUUAUGUUGGCAUUUUUGCCAUAAAAUAAUAAAGGGUUUUUUAUUUACAGGAUUUACUUGAAGCCAUCAAACCUAUACUAGAUGAAGAUUUACAAGAAGCUGUUGAAUCUCUGUUAAUGGAGAAUGUAGAACAUGACGCCAAGAGUCUCUAUAUGGCAACGAAGGUGAUGUAGACUCUGUGCCAUGUAUUGAAAGUUACGCAUUCGCGUUUCUAGCUAUGUUGACGUCAACGAAGACGUGACAUAGUUUGCCUAGCAGCCGCAUGGGCCGAAUUUAUACUACAGAUGAAUUAUCCCUCUAAGACGAAUUAUCCGUCUGAGAUGGAUAAAUCGUCUAGAUAUAAAUUCAGUGUUCAGACGAAUUUUGGCCCCAAAUUCGUCUGCACUUGAUUCGUGAAGAAAGGGAAGAAUUCGAGACGAAUUUGAGGCCAAAAUUCGUCUAAACACUGAAUUUAUAUCUAGACGAUUUGUCCGUCUCAGACGGAUAACUCGUCUGUAGUAUACAUUCGGCCAUCAAGGCUGGUUUUCCGCACUAGCGACGAAUUCGUAGUUGGACUCGUAAGUGGAGUAGUAAGAGCGCCUAUGACCAAGUGAAAAUCAAAAUCAAUUUUUAUAUAUAUUGUAAGUGGUGCCAUAAGCGCGACGGAAUCGGAAUCGUAAGAAUCAGAAUGUUUCCAUUUUCUUCCGACUCCGUUUAUAACUUUGUCGCUUACGAUCUAGUGUCUGAAAACCAGUUUGUCGCGCCGCAACUAUAAGCGGAAGAAUAAACCAAUCACAAUGCUCCUUCCUACCCCUAAUGAUUGGUUCUUUUUUUUUCUCCCGAUCUGCUUGCGACACGGACAACCCGGUUUGCGAUGAAGUCGUAAGCGGACGUUUUUUUUUUUUUUUUUAUAGGUAAUAGAUGUAAAAAAGCUGUUCUCUUUGAUUACGAUUCGAAAUCCGACUCUGUCACCACAGAAAAUCAGCUUUCAGUUAUUGUUUCGCUGAACUACAAUACGAAACACGUAAGCAGUACACGAUGUAAACGAAAAUGCUUAACUGAUGUUUCAAAUCAUGUUCCUUUUUCAGGGGCUGGGAACUGACGAAGAUGCGCUGAUCGAAAUCCUUUGUACGAGAAGUAACCCUGUAAGUUUUCUUUGCGAUUUCAACGUAGUGUAUUUGUGUUCGUUUUUGACCUUUCAUUAUUUUUUUUUUUUCGCCUCAGCGACUCAAAGAAAUCAACUCAGCAUACAGUAAAAGUAAGUGCUUAAAUUUUAUUUUCUAAGAUAUUCUUAAAGCUCGUUCUAACAUUUACAAUGUUUUCACAUUUCCUGUUGAGAGAUGUCAAGACCAUACCUUGUGAAUCAGUCUAAACCGUCCCUUUCUGAACAUCAAUUGAUAAUUAUGUUUGUCAAAAAAGAUGAAAAAAGAUUAGGUAAUAGAGAGCGGAUCGGACGGUUUCAACGGAUCGAAAACAGAAUAAACAUCUAGACAAUGUUAAGGCAACGUUCUUAUCGAUCUGUAUGCCGAGAUUAAACUCUUCUCCCUGUGUCAAUCGUGGAAGAGUGGAACGUAAGCUGCGUCGUAGACGUAAUUUAACCUCGGUUAGUAACGUCUGCGAAGCAGCGCACAGGGUCCAGAGGAGAUGCGUUUGUUGUUAGAACAUCAAAACCCGUCGAAAACCUCUGAAAAAAUGGGUUAUUUUGAUCGCGUUACAGUUUCGUUACACAUUCUAUAGACCGCAAACCAAGAGACUGAGGGCUCGCAAGAUCGGCUUACAGUAUAAAAUACGGACUUGUCCUUUCUUUUACUUGGCACUUCGUGCCUCGGUCGCCCUUCGGGCGACGUGCCGUGCGCCAGCGAGGAUAUGGCUUGCGGUUGUUGAUUUUCAAAAGUCGAUCUAGGUCAGAUAAGAAUCGAAGAAAUCGUUUAUAGUAGAUUUAUAAAGAUUCCAUUGGGCAAACUCCUCUGGACCCUGUGAGCAGCGCCGAGAUCCUCGGUCUGGGACCCCAACGGAUUAAACGACUUACCGGAAGUGCUUUUCGAAUUUCCUUUCAUCCUGAAUGGCAAAUCGAUAAUGGCUUUUUCAACAGACCAAUCAUGGCGCGUACUCAAAUCCUGGUACACAGGUGGGGGCACAGAACAAGGAUUUCGGGCGGGCCGGAAGCUCUAAGAACCGCUCACAAGAUUGAUUUAGAAAACAAUAGAUUGCCCUAACCCAAACAAAACUAACAAUGAACCCCAACUCUGAAACAAAAGAGCUUCGUGCCAACAAAAACCUAUCAAAUUAGAGGUUCUAAAGAGGUUCUGGCCAACAGAGGAUUUCGGCGCUGUUUCGCAGACGGACCUAACCAGAGUUUUAUUUCGUCGGGUGUGCAGGCUAAGUGGAAAGUAGUAAUAGUGAAACUUUAUACGUGGUCUUUAUUCAUAAGAUCACAUUGUGAGGAGUUGAACAUUCAAAUGAACCUUUAAAGCAGUACUUCUGCGUAGCACUUGAUGUUAUGCUGUAUGGAUGAGACCAUGAUAUUUCUUUCCCACAGUGUAUGGGAACUCAUUGGAAGAAGACUUGAAGGGCGACACGAGCGGUGAUUUUGAGACCUUACUUGUAACUCUAAGUAAGGUUAGUGCGAACAUGACGUCUUCAGCUGCUAGCAGAACUAUUCUUGUUUCAUGUAUUAACUAAUGAAAAUGAAACUAAGGCUACUUUUUGGCCGGUUGAAAAUUCGUUUGUUUAGGUGUUCUGUCCAGACGGAACCACCCUAACCGUACGAAAAUUUGAACGCUAAAAUCGAGGUCAAAUUUUUGACCGGUACUGUCGAAAAUUUGAACGGUAAGUUGUGAAUACCAUGUCCGGCUAAAUUUUUGUUCCGCAACGGUGUAGUUGCCUAGAUACUUGGCUACACAACUGGAAAAAAAGGAGGAUUGCAAACAGAGAAUUGCGAACAUGGAUUUACGAGUCCUGCUGUUACUCGCUUUGCUUGGAAAUAUUACGAUUCGACAGUUCCAUGAGAACGGCGCAAAAAUAUUGAACGGUUCCGUGUGAACAAAGUGUCCGGUCAACUUUUUCAAACGGUUUAAAAUUCGACCAGUACCGCGUGGACGUAACAUAACCCUUAUUAUGUUUUAGGGUCAGAGAGACGAAUCUACCAAAGUAGACAAGGAACUGGCCAAAACUGAUGCUAAGGAACUACAUGAGGUAGAACAUAUUUUCAGUUUUUGUUUGCUUAAUUUGGUUUUGUUUUGAUAUUACAGUAGCCCAGUGGUCAAAGCUAACCAAUCUGAUUACAGGAAGCCAUUCAGAAUUCUAAGAUCAAACCACCAAUUGGAUUUGCCACUUUUGGUUGAAAUCCGUUGUUCGCUUCAUGUGUUGCACCUUUCAAUUAAUUUGAGUAGGUUAUUAUUUUCAAUAAAUUGAAGAGCAAGUUACAGAGGUGAAACGGGGGAUCAUUAUUACGAAUAAUAACCUACUGUACGAUUUAAUUCAGGCCACAAUAAUGACCAACUCCUCGGCCUUCUUAAAAAUUACAACCUCUCGCUACGCGUUCGGUCAUCAUUGUAAAUAUCUUGUACGUAAUCAGCUGCAUCCUCUGAGUUGUUUACGUUCCCUAAUGCUAACAACUUUAGUCGUUCCUCGGGAUACUUUUUAAUAAACUAAAACUGCAUUUCUUCCUUGAAAAUACUGUCAUGUACCAUUUGCGUAACGAUGUACUGAAAUCACUUCAUUUCUCAGGCUGGUGUGGCGAGUUGGGGAACUGAUGAAGGAAAGUUCAUUCGUAUCUUCACUCAAAGAAGCAGACCACAGCUGGCUGCAACGUUCCCGGAGUACAAGAAGGUGAUUAUUUUUGCAAUCUAGAUCCCAUAAAGUCCAAAGCCAGUUCUGUCGGUCAACAGUCAAUUAUGCCGUAUUUCGCGGUGUGCAGUAGUGAUCUCAGCUCAUACAAGAUUAUUUUGAAAACAAAACUCAGAUAUUCAAUGAUCGGAGAAAUAAAUUUUGCAUCUGAUGCCCGGACUCUUUUUUUCAUCGAAUAGAUCAUGAGAUAACAAAGCACAGUUUAUUUAGUCUCAUUAUAAAUGACUCAAUGCUUUUUGUUUGUUUGUUUGUUUUUUAUUUCGUUUAUCAGCUAACCAAUAAAGACAUCACAGACUCAAUUGAUGCUGAAAUGGAUGGAGACCUACAAAAAGCUUUCAUGACUUUAGGUGGGCGCAAUAUUUUUGUAAUCCAAUAUUUUUGAACACAGAGAUCACUUUCUCUUGUUCAACAUUAUGUGUAAAAAAUACAAUCAAAGCAAAUUUUCCCUCACAAUUGGAGGAUCUUAAAGAAUGGACGAAAUCGCCAGUAAAUUAACAAAUUAAACAGAAAUAAAUUAAGCAACAGAACGGGAAUGUCAGUUGACGAAGGGAAAGCGCGCGGAAAGGACCAGACGCGAUUCUGGUGUCCAAUUUGCCGCUCUGCCAUUGGUCAAGCCAGUUGUUUGAUUUGCGCGCGUUGACGUUCCCGUUCUAUUGCUAAAUUAAUAAUUUUAAGGAGCUAUGUCACGAGCAUAUUUCAGUUUUAAGUCAAUUCCGUGCUGACGUCAUUAGUUAGUGUCUUUACUCAUACUCAAAAUGCUCCGUUAGAGAUAUGGAGAGGGUAUCAAACAAACUUCAUCAUCAGGGAGCACUAACCAUGAUAAUUAUGGGGGUGAUUUUUGCAGGCCUAGCGUUAAAACUUGAAAAAGUUGGCCCGAAAUCAAAUUUCAAAUGCUUUGUUUUCGAAUUUCAAUCCAUGUCCAUCUUCGCCAUUCGUUGAAAAAGACGACAGGAAACAGUCUUAAUGCCCCAAUAUAGUCUGAAAUAACAGUACACAAUCAUGAUCAUUUUUGGAAUUCAAUUGAUGCGAAAAACGUUUUAAGCUUUUUAAAACGAUAGCAAAUUGGUAGACGUAGCCCCUUUCAGACUAAUAUAAUCAACAUCGUGUUGUGUUGCAGUUAAAUGCAGCCGUGAUCAAACAAGUUUCCGCGUGGAGAAACUUCAAAAGGCUCUGAAAGAGGGAGACACAAAAGCUGUGGCAGCCGUUAUCCUCACCAAAAAUAAGGUAAUUACCUAUUUAACAGUUGCGUUUACUCUUUUUCAAUCUUUAGAUUAGGCGUUAGAUUGUGAACAGAAAGAGUGACUUGACGCAUCACGAGCGGACCCGAUUUCGAGCAUACUGGAACCAAUGUUUCCUUUCCAGUCACAGACUAUUCUUAUUAUGUCUUAAAUUGCACGGAAACACAGCUUAUUGGUUGAAAUAAGAUUGUGUGACAGUGCUCUAGGGCUUACUAUCUCUUCAUAAAUCUGUUAUAUUCAUGUGAAAGUUUGUGAAUUUAUUGGAUGGGCAAUCAGCACUGCGAAUGACGACCUACUAUCUGACCGCUUGAAACAAGCUGUUGGUACGCACCCUCCUAAGAUAUUACAUGAGUUCGUGUCUGACUGAGGUUUUUCAUCCAAGGCGGAAAUUGAUGAACUUUCUGCCGCAUACAAGAAGGCUCAUAAAGUGGACCUUGCAGACGAAGUUGAUAAAAAAUGUAAAGGCGAUGUGAAAACCCUUAUACUUGCCAAGCUUGGGCGAGGUGAGUCUUAUCCGUAAUAACAUAUUGACAGCAAUAAUAAUAAACAAACCGAUCUCUUUUCAGUAUGCAUUCUAAACGUCUUGCUUGUGCAAUAUAUGACUACCGAGCGUCCACGUAUAGAAAUAUUUCUUCUUAGGCGUCAAGUAUCUUCUCUGAACACGGGAGACAUGAAAGGAGCGAUAGACUGUUCUUUGUCUUGGUUGUCUUUGCCCACACGUUUCAGACAGGUUAAAAGUUACAGCUUAGUGAAUCGUUGGCUGUCUAACAAAGUCGUGUGGCAUAGGUUAGACAUGGGAAGCAAUUUGUGAUAUUUGUGAUAGUAAUCCCUCUUUUUUUGUCAGCGUCCUCCUGAAUAAAAGAAAGAGGUGGUGGCCGUUUGAAGAGGAACGACUGUAGUUCUGCAAUGGAGGUCAAAAUUACUUGGAACACUGUGAAAAAACCCUUCCAAGAAAUUGGUACACAGAACUGACCGCUCAUAAUGACAACUACUUGAUCGGCUUUAGCGGGAUCAUCCCUUCAACCUCCCCCCCUCCCUUUCCCAUCCCCCCAGCACUGCUGUGUGCCCAAAAAAAGACCCAUUACUCGACUCGUUUUGUUGAAAAGUCAACAUUGUUUGGGGUGAGAGUGGGGACGUCGCUAGUUUUACUGUUAUUGUUGGAAAGGUCCCUACACUUUUAACCUCCAUUAUUUUAGUCACAGUUCUCAUUCGCUUUAAUUAGUUAUGUCAACGCCCUUAAGUUAAUGUGUUUGUCUGAAUAUUUUUAUGUAGUAUUCUUAAGACCCCUUUCAACCGUCCAACUUAACAUGUGCGAAUCUAUAGCUGAUGACUAGUAUCCUUAUGGCCCGUUUCAAACGUCGAGCUUUACAAGUGACGAAUUUAAUGCUGAAAUUAGCAUUUUAUUGCAACUGAUCAGACUCACUUUCUUUCCUUUUUCUUCCAGUGAAAAAAGAGCCAAAAAAGCAACAGCAGAAGGUAAUAAUAAUUUUUGACCAAUCAUUUUGGACAUGUCAAGUAGAUGACGACUUAAACGUGGGGCAGUGAGUCAUGUUCACUGUUGCGACACUUCACCAAUGACAAAUACUAGAAUUCAUUUCGGUUUUCUAGUGCUAUUCAAAUACUGUAAAUCUGGUAAGGUUUUAAAAAACAAAAGCACUAAUUUGAACGAAAAGCAAAAAAACUGUUGGAUUAUAUUAUGGGAGGAUGUCGUUGAAGAAAUGGCCGAUUCGGAGAACGGAACAGGCUCUUUGUACUUUGCGAAAAUACUUUACAUAAAACUUUUUUUUUUCUUUCAAAAUGUCUUGUGAUCCGAUCGAUGCAAAUGGAAAUAUCUUUGAAUUCAUCUAUUCACUGUUGGAAAAAUGUAAUUAGUUUCAUUUUUUGAUGAUUAUUAGUGGUUGGCACGGGCCUUGAAAAGUCCCUGAAAAUUUGAAAAUUGUGGGAUAUCCUUGAAAAGUUCUUGAAUUAUUCCACAGAAGUCCUUGAAUACUUUUGAAAGCUCCUUGAAUGAAAAUAACCUCCUUUAAAAAAAUUGUUUUUACUGUUUUUUAAGUGGAGCGCCUGUCAAUUAGCUAAGGCAGUUUGCGCUUCCACUCCAAGUAUCUCAUUAACACUUUCUCGGAUCCCGUCAUAGGUUACUACUAAAUGAAGGUCAGUCAGUUAGUUAUCUGAAGACCUCGAACGCGGCGAGUCUGUGACUCGUUUUCCUCCUCUACCUGCUUUAUGUGCUCUUUGGAUAUCGCUAUGAACUGACACUACCUAGUGUUGAUUGACUGCUUAAUGUAUUACCUUCUUUUCAGCCGACAGACGCAGCUAAGGCCAAGCCGAAAGCUGCAGCUGGCCCAACUGGUGCAAACAAGACAACAGAUAAAAAUGCGGCAGAGAAGAAAAAGGAAGAUAUCAAGAAAGAUAAUAAUGGCGAAGUAAAUGUGGACAAAGAUGCUGAUGAACUGCGCAAAGCUUUAGAUGGUAGGUGAAAAUCAAAUGAGAUCUUCGUUACUCAAUUUUUACUUCUAGUCGACAACACACCAACUAAUAUUGGAUAAUUCAAUUCAAUAAAAUUAUUUAAAAUUUCGUUAUUGGUCAUGUAUAAUUUUUACAGAUAAUGAGAAGAACAAGGUUGUCGACAUCUUAGCCAAAUACUGUGAUGAGAAAACCAAGUUACAGAAGCUAAAAGACAAGUACAAGGAGAAACACGAUCAGGUAAGUUUUCAUUGUAAUUAGUGUCUGUUCAGUAAAUACUUUACAACCAGACAACAUUGAAGUUUCGAUUACAUCGUUUUAACAUAUUGCUCUUUGGCUAAUAAUCUAGCUCAGUUGACUAACUUUAGCUAAACGAAAAAUUUUAGCCAUAUUUGUGUUAUUGUGUUUUUGUGUCAUUGAUUUUUAGUUUUUCUUAUUUCCAAGAGAGCUUACUUCUAUACUGCCCUCGUAUUCGUUAUGUCCGACAGAACGCCUGAGGCUGUUAAGCCUGUUUUGUGUAAUACUGUCCUGUAUUUGUUGCGUCCAAUAGGUUCUCCUUGAAGCUGUUAAACCUGUUUUGGAAGAAGAGCAGUUACAAGAUGCUGUAGAAUGUCUCCUGAUGGAGACUGCGUCGUAUGACGCUAAAGUUCUGUACAAUUCUAUGAAGGUGAGUAAGGUGUUUGAACUUAUAAUAAACUUCACUAGAAUCCAAACUGAUAGUGGAGUUGUAUCAGAGUAUGGUAGAAGAGUUGACUAGCCAAAGUGCGCGCUUAAUUUAAGGUUAAUAAUUUUAACCGUACAACCGAGUUAAAAGUAUUUGAAAUCCGAUUGGUUCACCAGCUUUAGUGCUUUGGACACCUUUUGCCGGGGCCGCCAGGUUGUUCAAAGCUGGGUUAAGGUAACCCAGAGUUAGUGCGAAAUUAGAAUUCCAUAUGAAAGCUUAAAAACAAAUUCGGUGUAAUUAUUUUUUUCUACUCUUUGACGACUGGGUGCUCUACAAGAAAUAGAGAAAAUUAUUUAAGAUUAUGCUCCAGUUUUAAACAAAAAAAAGAAGGAAAUCCGCAUUGAAAUUAAACGCUGGUUUAGUACUAAUCGGCCUUCCAACAACUGGUCCUCAGAUUUGUAACGCGUAACCUACUGUUGCUAUCCCGCAGGGUCUGGGGACGGACGAAGAUGUGUUGAUUGAGAUUAUCUGCUCAAGAAAUAACGCUGUAAGUCAUGCACACUGGUUCUUCUAGCCCACGUUUUGUUUGUUUCAGAUGUAAGUGCUAAACCUAACCCGUUCACAUUUUUUAUAGCUAACUAGUGUCUUUUUUCCCCCUCAGGAACUGGCCGACAUAAAAAAGGCCUACGCGGACCGUGAGUAAAAUUAAAGAGUGUUUUAAGUCAAGGUAAUAACAUCCGACACUAUUUUCAUUGUACAAGUUAACUCAUGUGCUUUUCUGUCUCUAUCUUUGUCUAAAGAGUAUGGAAGAUCGUUAGAGAAAGACAUUGAAGGAGACACCAGCGGAGACUUUGAAAAUCUACUAGUUGAGCUAACCAAGGUGAAUAUCAUGGUAUUAAAUGGUUGUUGGCUUAAAGAGCGCUCCACUUUUAUUCUGCCCUCUUAGGUUCACUCGUUCACAAAGCACUGGACGAAUUUUCGACCGACUGGAAAAAUCAUUUUGACCGGACACUUCGUUCACGCGGGACCGUUCAAUAUUUUCGCUCUGCUCACACUUUUAACGUCUAGGCGUUAAAAUGUUUCAAAACGCCGAAACGCACAAUUUUCAACCGGUUGGAAUUCGUUCGGUGCCGUGUUAACCAGUUGUAAGUGGAUCUUUUCUGAUGUACACGUUCAGCCGUUUACUUUAGUUUAAUGGGUAACUGACCAACGGGGCGGGCGUUUGUUAAAUCAAUUUUAUUUUACAGUACAUUGCAAGAAAUUGAGCGCUAUUGUUUUCGCUGAUGAAGUUCUUUUUUCCGCGAUCUCUGAUUGGCCAACUGGCUAGCUGGCUAACUAGCAAGUGCCAUGCCUUCAAUUAGGUAACGCGCAACUCAGAUUUCCUCAAGCAAAACACAUGGUGGCCAACAUAUUUUUUAUUUAGUUGCAAUUUACAUCAGGAAAUGCUUAUUUACUUAGGGCAAACGGGACGAAUCCAGCAAAGUGGAUAAGAGUUUGGUCAAGAAAGACGCGGAAGCUCUUAUGCAGGUAUUGAUUGAUUGAAGUAUUGUGUCAAUGCAACCUUUAUCUUUUUAGGAUGACAUGAUUUCUCUACAUCAACAGCUUAUGAAAAGAAGGGCAAAUUUACAUUUAAAUAAACGCAACCCGCUUUUUUCAAAGGUCACUCAAUUAAGUUGGUUGAGUUUUGUUAAGAGAUGUUAUGGCCUAACCGUGUCAAACGAUCUCAGCAUCUCCUCAUGCUUAAGUAAGAUGUAGAAGCGCUGUGUUUAGACGCAUUUUUAGAUUGUUUUCAGUCCCCUAUUUUUCCGUAAUACCACUGAGAUCGAGUACUUACUAUAACCAACCCGCUCUCCCAAAAUAACCCUCACCCGUUACUUGUGCGAGUUAGUUUUGAUACCUUUCUCUGGGUUACACUCGGUACAUUUGAAACUAAGAUGACCGCCCGUUAUAGCUAGCGCUCGAUCUCGACGAUCUCGAAGAAAUUUGCAGGUGGAAAAAAGGAGGCUAUGGUGAACCAAAGUUAAAAAGAUUUUAAACUUAUUUUGUCAUAACAAAGGAAAUGUUGGCUAAAGAUCGGAUCUUAGUCUUUCCUUUUGAGACCGUUUAACCAGAAGGCUAUACACUUGUACUUUAUCUAUUUUUUUUUUGGUGACAACCCUGUUCGCUAUCCCGCCCUUCUGAUAACAAUGAAAUAAUUUCCCAUGGUUGGUAACACUAGGGCUCGCUCCUAUUUUGCUAUUUCCGCAUCAAGAGGAAGUGGUCGCUACUGCUGAACUAACUACACUUACGCAUGCGUAGUACUUGACGUAAACUGUUUCAUUGUUUUUUCUUUUUGUAAUUAUUAUUAUUUAUCAUUUUAAAUCUAGGCCGGAUUUCUUGGUACAGACGAGAACAAAUUUAUAGAAGUGUUUACUCAGCGAAGCUUUGCACACCUCAAAGCAGUUUUCCAGGAGUACAAAAAAGUGAGUUUAAAAAAUUCAAAGUAUUGAUGCAACUAUCAUCCUGCCCGUUGUCAUAAUUUCUCUCGCUGUUACUGUUUUCCAUGCAGAUUUCUAAUCAAGAAAUGGACGAAACUAUUGAGGAGGAGAUGAGUCAAGACAUGGAAAAAGGAUUUAGCGUGCUAGGUACAGCUUUUGGUGUCUUUAAUCUGAAUUGAGGAGACCUGCCUUUGAGGCUCUUUUGAGGCCUGCCUUUGUUCUGACACCUGCAAAUGGUUAGACUCUCUAGUCUUUUUGGUUAAGGACGAAAAACCGCUGUUCUCGUCCCGCAGUACUGUCUGUUUGGGAUGUAAAAGAACCACUUCAGGCACCGUUAAAAAUGAUCGUCUUUACCCUAACCUGAGAAAAAAGCGGACAUUCCGCAACGCCAUCACUGGUUUGCCCGCGAAAUGACGUCUGAGAAACGACCGCAGAAAUUCCAUACUGAUGACGCGUCACUACCCUGGGGCCCGUUUCUCGAAAGGCCCGCCGAAAAACCUUUCGGGCUAGAUCGCGAGGGCAAAUUUUAAAAUCGGAUCCUGUUGAAUAGCAGCACAGUUCCUAGCCCGCAAGCCAGUCAAUUUUAAUUCUUUGUUUACUGAUAGUUUCAAUUAAUCAUUUACAACUUUGGUCUUGAAUGCAAACCAGGCAACAUAAAACAGUUUUCCGGGUCCGAAAAGGUGCCGGGGCUUUCGAGAAGCGGGCCCCAGAUCUGAGUAGUGCUUUCGAUUGAUUGAAGCAAGUUUCCCUCGAGGCACAACCAAAUCAGAAACAAUACCCUGCAGAUCUAGGUAAGAAGGGACACGUCUGCACUCAUCAGUAUAGAAUUUCUAUGCUCGUUCCACUAACGUCAUCUCGCCGGAAAACAAGUGGUGACGUCGCGAAAUGUAGGUUCUUUUCUAAGGGUGGCGGUUCCUAUGGCAUUAUCACUGUAAAGCCCUGAUGAGAGUGUACAAUAAGAUGUUUCUCAUUUACAUCACAUAAGGGCAGUACCACGCUAAAAAUCAAGGAAAGUACACUAGACGUGGUACAAAAAGUCCUUUGAGCUACAACAAAUCCACUUUCCUUCUUUAACUGUUUUUCUUGCACUACUAUAUAGCCUUAAGCACAUUUAAGCACAAACUUAUGCUAAAUCUUGAUACUCCUUUUGCCAGUAAGAAGGACAAACCUGGAUCUUUCUUUUCCGGAAAUCGUGUACCAUUUUGUCAUUGCUUGUCUUUAUUUCAGUGAAAUUCGCUCGUGAUCCUUCUAAUUUCUACGCUGCUAAGCUGCAUAAUACAUUAGAAAGUGGCGAUACGGACACUGCUGGACGCAUUAUUCUCACAAGUACAGUGGUAAGACUUGUUUUUAGUUGUCGACCUAAUCCAACAGCCUGCGCCGUAGACGAACAAGAGCAGUAUUACUCUGCGCCAGUUGUACUCAGGCUACAAUAGUUCUGUCAAUCGAUGAUUUAGCAGUUUUCAAACAGGCAAAUUUUCCCUUUAUUUUCUGGGGUGUCCCACGGUUUGGGAUGGUCAGGGAGGGUUUCUGACAAUUAAAAACAUGCGUUUCGACUAUCUAUUAAGACGGCGAUAGGUUUUGUCUAGCAUCAAGUUCAGUUUGGAUGUAAACAAGUGCUCACAACUUAAUGGAGGUUUCAAUAUAGCCACAUGUGCUAUAUUAUCAUCAUUUUACCCCUCUAAAACCUUCAAUAGUUCAGAGUACUUUACUAGGAUACUUUAUUUGUUCAUGUUGCAGGAUGAGUUAGCUGACAUAAUCGGAGCAUAUAAAACGCUCUACGGCAAAGAUCUCACCAAAGAUGCUGAAGCAAAAUUCAGUGAAAAUAUGAAAAAGCUUGUUUUUCCCAGGCUAAAGAAAGGUACUUUAUUACUAGUAGUACUAGUGGAGAUUGGAGGGUGGGACGUCUUGCAGGCUACUCACUUUUACUGCAAAUGCGUCAUCUUGAGGCAUCGUUUAAAACAGAAUGCUAAAGAAGAAACGUAGCUCAAAAAAGACAAAGUUGUAGACACGUGUUUUAGUCCCAUUCAUAUCAGUAGCUGGGCGGCUUUGGCUGUGUUUCGGUUGUGCCAGUUUAUUUGUUAUUAUCAUUUUAAACUUUCAAAUAAACCCUUUAAAAUUGAGAACCAUUGCUGGCCGAAACUGAAGCAGUUCGACCGUGAGACAAAAUUGGAGUGUACACUGAACCGAGCCAAAAGUACCACAUAGACUGAUCGAACUGACCACAGUGGUCAAUUACGUUCUUUAAAGUGUGUGCCUCUGAGUUUUUCUUUUUAACUACCCAUGGAUUACAACAUAACAAACGUUUUUUUUCCUUUUAAUCUCAGGAGGCCAGCAACAGAAAGAAAAGGUUGGUGCUGUUAUUUUAAUUAUUACUGGUGCAUUUAUGAUAUCACAUUGACCCUCUUGUCGGACUCAGUUCAGUGACUAAGUAUUUACUCUGGUAUUUGACAUGCGUUGUCUUUUUGGAAGACUAGCGGUACCUUUUUUGGGCUACAAUUGCAUUCAGUAACAUGAACUGCAUUUUUUGUAUUCAUUUUUUCAUUCAUUUGCUUGUUUUUUGUUCAUUUUUUUUUUUCAUGUAUUCAUAUAUACUGUAGGAGAAGGCAGGAAGCAAGAAGCCCGCCGCUGGUGGAAAAAAACAAGGAUCAGUUAACAAAAAGGCGGACGCAAAACCGGCUGGUAACAAGAAGACCUCAACACUCAAGAAAACACAACCACAAGACGAAAAUUGUGAUUACUCCGACCUACGAGACGCUAUUGAUGGUGAGCUCUAUUUUUCAUUAAAUUCUUCGUUACCAGUCUUGUUGACCAAGUUCUAUAUUUACUGCUAUUUAAAAGAGAAGUCGUUACGUCACGUUGCCAUGGUAGCAAAAUUUCUGAACGAUAACAAACCGGAAACAUCACUUAAAAAGCGAAUUCGCACUGUUUCAAACAUUAACUUCGACUAUCUUAUUCAAUUUCAUUUAAUUUGUCUAAUGAUGGCGAAAUUUUCUGAGGUUAAAUCCGAAAGGACCGUAUCUAAGUUUAGAAAAAGAAAAAGAAAAUUUUUGCGUUGUGCUCACCUACUUCGUAAAGCUGGUGCGUGAAAUUAGGAAGUUUCACGUGAUGCUUGGCGCGGUUGUUGUUUUGCUGCUAUAAACAACCUAUUGCUCUUUUCCAGUCUCUUUGCUGUCGCCGGCGUCGUUACUUUAGGUCCCUAUUGUUGUGAUCCAGAAAUUUUGCUACCAUGGUAACGUGACAUCACACUUCUCCUCUCUGUAGAGUCACGUUGCGGUGCUAUUCAGGCCGUAUCCAUAGUAACCGCAAAUUUUUUUAUCCGGAUUCGUGUGGACGGGCCCUCAAACCGAGCUGCAGAGAAAAGAUAUUCGAGCCCUAGUUAUGCCACAUUAAAUAACUUGCUAAUGUCCUUUCACACUCAUGUCACAGUGUGAUUACUUAGUUUAAGUUCUUUCAUCUUCGUGUUUUUAAUAUCAAUAAAGCUAACAACAAGAAGAAAAUAAAAGAGAUUGUGUGCAGAAACCUCGAAGACAAGAACAAAGCAAAGAAGCUAGUGGAAGAUUACGAUAGCCGAUAUGGAAAGGUAAGGCUUUGUGAGCUUACCCUUUUUCUCCAAUGUUUGAAUAAUUGAAUAUGUUUACAGAAAGGUGGAUUUCCAAGGGAAGAGAAGGUUGUUAAAUACGUGGCUUUAAGGAAGACUAGUGAUUCUAUGAAUAGAAAAAAAAAUCACACCAUCUCAGCGCUAUGAUUAGUAUGUAUAGUUGCAUGUUGCAAAAUUAAGGUCAGCUUGUGUAAAAAGCAUAAGCAUGUCAUUCCGGCAACAAUAUUCCUUUUUUUUUUUUUUAUCUGUAUGAAAUCGUUUCUCUUUGGCGUUAUUUGCAAUAGCAACCGGACCAAUGUAUUUGGUCAAAAAUCCUGUUUGAGUUCCAUCUCACCAACAGUGUUUAGCUUACAAUUUUUUUUAAAAAAAGUCAUUUGCGGUUUUAGGAACCUCAUUCAGGCUCUUAAGCUUCCAGAUCCAUAUACGGUUUUUGCUCAUCGUACACACUUUCCAUCAUCUGCCGUUGGUUACGCAGAUCGACUCGGUUCUAAGGCUGAACAUUAUGAAAAGUCCAGGAUGUAAUGCCUGGCGCGAUGAACCCAUGUGCGUUUGCUGUAACGACCGAUGUGUCGACGCUAAAUAACGUAGUAUACUUUACAGCAGCUUCUACUGCAUGCUGCCGUAAAUUAUAUUUAAACUCGUGUUACAAAUUUCACUUUGACUUACAUUACUGCUUAUCCUUCAUAUUCCUUUAGGAAUUAUUUGAAGCGCUGGAGGACAAGCUUGAGCCUGAUCUCUUAGAGGCGUUAGUUGCGUUGUCAUUACCUAAGGCUCAAUAUGACGCAAGAACGUUGAACUUGGCAAUGAAGGUGGGACAUACUUUUCAAGAUGUAUUUUGACAAAAUAUAAUGGUAUAAUAUGUCUAUUCCCUCUCUCUAAAUUAAGCCAAUUAUUUCAUUUUAGGGUCUCUUCACAAAGGAACUAGUGUUGAUUGAAACAUUCUCGACGAGAACUAACGCAGUGAGUAUCAGAAGGGACAAGAAGCACUGAAAACUGCUUUACAAUAUUCUGGACUCUCUUGUGGCUUGCACUCUUUAUUUCCUAUUCAAGCUAAAAUUUUCAUUUGUUCUCAUUGUCAGGAAAUUGCCGCAAUCAGACAAGCCUACAGGAAAAGUGAGUCUAGGAUAUAUCGAGUUUGUGUAUUUUGAAUAGUCAGUUACAGUAUUGCCUCUUAUCCAAUUGCUUUAACUUUUUUCUCAGAAUACAGGAAAGACCUACAAGAGGUGAUAAAGGACGAGACUAGCGGCGACUUUGAGACGCUACUCGUUGAGCUCUGCAAGGUUUGUGCUUUAAAAGUCAAAAUAGACGAGCCACUGUAGCUUUGCGCUCAAUAGCUAACUAGUUUCACACCUGUAAUUGUUGCUUGUAAAAUCGCAUAAGUAGAAUCUCAUUUUUUGUCCACAACUAUGUACAACAUUCCGGGGUGUGACUUUUCAUUCAAUCUUUACUUGCGGAUCUGAAUGUCAUAUCCACUGACCACUUAACAAAACAUCGCCCGUCGUGCGCUUGGUUGCCGCUCAGAAGAUGCCGGGCGUAAAUUGAACAAAAUGUUUCGGCGUGCAGCCGGCCAGAUCAAGUAGGUUCGCAUAGAAUGCACAGACCUCUGUGAUCGACAGUUUUUAAGCAGUCAGUUAUUCCCCUUCAUUAUCUGUUCCUAAUGGUCGAUCUUUUUUUAUUUAUCAGGGCCAGAGAGAGGAAAGCGAAGAAGUCAGUAACGAUUUAGCGCAUCAAGAUGCCGAGGCAUUGUUAGAGGUGAGAGAACAAAAAACUGACAUUUAGUGAUAUGAGUCAUUCUCAUUUUGCUUUUUAGUUCCUUGAAGGAAGAAGAACAGUUCAUGAUAUCCAUUUGAUUCGCACGAAUGCCUAAGUGUUGUUCUUUGAUGCUCAUCACGUCAAGGGAUUCCAUCCACAGGCUCAAAAUUUUGAACCAGUGUUAAUACUGCAGCACAUUAAUAGUACAACGUGGAAAUACUAGGCUGAAAUUUGUUUAUUUGAAUGUUCACACAAGAGGAUCUCAUCCAACGUUAGAACAACUUCGUCCCCAGUACUCACUAAGGAGAUAAACUUUGAAAAAGGCGGUCUUUGAACCAUUAAAGAGUGAUCCAAAAUUAAAAAUACCAUAUUAUGAGUAGUUUGUUUACUUUUACUUUUUCAUUUAUAUUUUUGAUGACAGGCUGGCAUUAAAAAAUGGGGCACCGACGAAGAGAAGUUUAUAGAAAUUUUCACGACCCGUAGCUUUGCUCAGCUAAGAGCUAUGCUUCCCGAAUACAAGACGGUAAUUACCAGAACACCUUUUACUUCUGUGUUACUUUCUCAACCCCGGGCCUUUAGCCUGCUGCAUUGCGCAUGCGUUUCUGUUAGGCAUGCUUCCCGGCGAAAUUUUGCAACCUAAACAGGCUUCCUAUCUUUCUUUUGUUUUAAUUACAGUAAAAACAUGUAAACCACCAGAAAACAAAUGUGAAUGAUUUUUUUUAUUAUUAUUAUCAUUGAUUCUGGAAUGACACGUCGGUCUAAUUUUCCUUUUCAGAGCGUUUCAGAAACACCUUUUUUUGCCUUUAUUGCAAGAAAAGAACAAAGAGAAAGCAACAACAAAAAGGAAAAAACACAUUAAUUACAACUAACAAGUACAAGCAGGAAAAAAAUGACCCAUUUAAUUUGCACUUUUCCAUAGCAAUUCUUACACCAAAUAAUAAAAUAUUGUAGACAGUACAGGGCUUUUACAUAAAAAGUGGAACUUCUGAUAUAUACUUUAUUCGGUCAAGCAUUUCAGAACCACUUGACAAUAUAAUUUGGCCGAUGCGAAUAUCUCAGGCUCCCUCACCCAACUUAUUAGUGACAUCAGCAGUUGAGAUCAUGUGACCUCAUGUCACCUGAUUGGUAGAUUGAGCCCUUCAUUCCAGUUCAAGCAAGAGCUCCUUUGUUUUAUGGGCUGGGGAUGUUCUAGUGCCAACCUCUUGAUGGUUCAUCUUUUUAUUUUGUAGUGGGCCAAGUGUGAAAUCGAGAACACGAUAGAUUCCGAAAUGUCAGGUGACCUGUGCAACGGAUUGCAGACUCUCGUUAAGUGCAUCAGAAACCAGAACCAGUUCCUCGCGGACAAACUGCAUGAAGCUCUUAAUGAAAAAGACACAAAAACUACGACAAGAAUUAUUCUUGGAGAGGUAACCCUUCGAUAGUAUUAUUUCGUUUUAUCACAGGCAGCCUAAGCUUAUCACUGACUAUUUACCCGGACUAUUUACUAUUUUCCUUGCAUAGUACUUCCGGGUUGCUCUGUGGUUUAAGAAUCACUUUUUGCAGAUGUGAUUCCAAUAGAGAAGCCAGCAGCUAUGCAAAUUUAUCGGAACAAAAGAAAGUUUUUUUUUUUUAAGGAAAGGGUUUAAAUCCCACUGGAUUGGUUUGGAAUACCAACAUGGCGGACGUGACGUCAUGUGAAAGGGCUCUAUUGACCAAUUGCAAAAUGACUUCAUUGUAACAAAAAAAAUUGUAAAUUGCUUGUUUACCCACGAAGCACAUAGGAGUUCAUAUAAACUCGUUUAAACGUGUCCGUGCGUUCCAGAUCGAAUUGGAAUUUGGCAGUGUUGGUUUUUGGGAAGAGGGAAAAACCGAAGUACCCGGAGAGAAACCUCUCGGAGCAAGGGAGAGAACCAAUUUUUACUACUACUUCCUCAAUGAUUCAGAGUUUUGCUUUCUUCUGCAAAUUAGGGCUUUUGCUGUUAUAAAACUAUUUAGGAUUGCCAAAUUUUAAUGUGAAAGGAAAACAAAUUGGAUUUUCGUUUUAGUAGUAUAGUAAAAUGUCGCCAUCGUGCAAAUGGUCUAUUAUACUUCCCCGCAUUUUUCUUCCUUCUUGCGUUAUUCGUUUGCCAUGGUUACCUGCUUCAUUUUUCCUUUGUUUCUUUGCUUUUUGUGCAGAUAAUUGCUUUCUUUUAUUAUCUUAAAUUUAGAGUAACCUGGCUGAAGUAGAGAAGGCCUACAACGCAACGUACAAGCCUAAACUUGCCGAGGAGGUCGACAAGAAAAGUAGCAAUGAGUUGAAGAAACUUCUUUUGCCAAAACUAAAAGGUAUAACUUAAACAGCGACGGUUUGCAAUUCAAACUGAUCACUUAAUGCAUAAUUGUUUUAAAUUCCGUAUCUUUCAGUUCGAUGUUGCAUAUUUUUCCCGAUAUUUUUUAAUGAAUUAGGUUAUGAAAUGUUCUUUAGAUACUUUAAAAUGAUGUCGAAUUUCCUGUAAUACAUGUACGUUUUGUAGCCUUAAGCAUUCACAAGUAGCUCAAAUUUCCCAAGUCCUGUCUACCUGCGUAUCUUCUUUAAUUUGCUAUAUAAUAGGACACCGAAUUAGUCUAUUAUAUUUAUAAGAGCAUUUGGUAGUCAUUUCUGUUUCUUACACGCACAUAAAGUGCAGUAAAUUGUACACAAUGUUUCCAAGAAGUAUAUAAGACAUUGUAUUUAUCAAUAACGCGAACAGAGUAUUUGUGAGGUAUGUUACUUAUUACUUCACAUGCACUUUGUAAAAUAUUUUGUACACCUAAGUUACCGUACCGUCGAAUUUCCCGUAAUACAUGUACGUUUUGUAGCCUUAAGCAUUCACAAGUAGCUCAAAUUUCCCAAGUCCUGUCCACCUGCGUAUCUUCUUAAAUUUGCCAUAUAAUAGGACACCGAAUCAGUCUAUUAUAUUUAUAAGAGCAUUCGAUAAUCAUUUCUGUUUUUUACACACACAUAACGUGUAGCAGAUUGUAUAUAUGUAUAUACACAAUGUUUUCAAGAAGUGUAUAUGUAAGAUGUUGUAUUUAUCAGUAACGCGAACAGAGUAUUUGUGAGGUAUGUUAAUUACUGCACAUGCACUUUGUAAAAUAUUUCGUACACCUAAGUUAUUGCUUGUGAGCACCUUGUAAAUAUAAUUUUUGUAACAAAUGCACUUGUGUUGCACUUAUUAUUAGUUGUGUUGUGUUAUGACGCUCUUAGUUAUAUAAGCAGAAAACAAAGGCGCAGGUGUCGUGCAAGUUACGCUUGCGUCGCGAUUUUUCAUCGACAUUCUAGGCGUGGCUUCACAAAAGAUAAGAUAAAAGAGUUUGAGACAGCUAGAGAAACUUGCUUUUGAACAAGGAAGGCGAAUUUAGUAUGACCCCUAUCAAUUUAUUUGCGUAGUUUGUUGAGAGCCUUUAACUCGACCUCAGUUAAAACAUAGCUCAAGUUGAAAUAACCAUUGUACUAGUUAGAGCUGUCUUAAGCAAAUUAUAAAGCUGCAUGGUUCCGAGGUUCGGUGAAAGCGGUUGUCGUCAUGCACAAAACUAGUUUUCGAAGAUGUUUAUACAUUUCCUUUGAUUAGUAGUACCCAGUGAAAAGUAAAGAGCGUGUUGCUAAACAGGGAGUGGCAAGGGAGGGGAAAAUGGGAGAAAGGAUCAAAUCUGUGUGUGCUUGGGGAGGGGGGGAGAGAGAAAGAAACACAAGAGUGUAUAUUUCACAGUAAUCUUGUUAUCAAGAAUAUUUUAAAAUGACAAAGACAAAACGGGAAAUUUUCCUUUUCUCUCUCUCCCUCCUCCAAGCUGCAUUUUCUCUUUUUGUUUUAGUUUUUUCAUUUCCUUUUUUUUUUUUGCACCAAUAGUUGAAGUCUUUAUACUCUUAACAAUAGAAUUUGUGGGCCCCUCCUCGGACGUUUUAAAAUUUUAAGGUCACCCUUCAGAUUUCACAAAAGUCAUCUUGAAAAUUUUUACAGAUGCUUUUAAGGGGGCAGUCUGGUUGAUUUUUGAGGGAAAUGUUGCUGAUUUGGGAAGGAAAUAAUUUAGGGUAGAAAAGGAAUACAUAUAAACCAGUUCAUCCGCUAAUGGGCUCAGAGGCACCUUCCCCUUUUUGUUGUAGGGGUGGUUUUCUUGUAUUUUUCUACCAAUUAUUCACUUCAUAUUUUAAUUGUUAGGAACCUCCAAACCAAAAUUUUUGAAAAUUUUAAUCAUCACCUUUUAAUUUUGUACAAUAAAAAAAUUCGAAAAUCAUUCAAAAAUGCUCCAAACAUUAUUUGAACCAAUGUCUUCGAACUAAUUGAGUAAUAUUUGAUUGAAUGAAAUCUUGGCUAGAUAUUGAAAAACUGGUCGGAAAUAAAAGAAAAACAGCAAUGCUUUUAACCAGACUGCCCCCUCUAAAGCAGCUAUGCUGAAUCUUUAUUGUAUACAGUUCAUAAAUAAAGAUCAUAUUCUCGUUUGCUUGCUUGCCUGCUCAUCUGUGUGCUUGCUUGUGUGCUUGUUUGCUUGCUGACAUGCAUAGUAGCUCAUCAUGCAUAUUGCAUCCCCGGUUAGCUUGCUCGCUAGUUGCAUGUUUGCUGCGCUGCAUUGCAUUGCACUUCCCACUGCUUUGCAUACAUAUAUAGCCUUGGGCCCAGGCCUUGGGGAGCAUCUGCAGCCAAUCACUCCUUAAUGAUACGCUUCACCCAAUCGGCAAUCUUAAUUUCUACAGUUUAUAUAGAAAAUGGGCAGGUUUAUGCGCGUUAUUAAAACCAUAAAACGACUCUAGCAAUUCUCGAAUCCUGUAACUUAUAUCUUUAGGUUUCUACUAAACAUGACGCUGGUAAAAAAAAACUCACAAAAUACAAGAUAACAUUGAUAUCACGAAUUAAUGUUGAUCUAAAUUAACCCAAAAGGCCUUUCAUCACAUGUUUGGUGGCCAGUUAAACGCUUUUGUUCAUAGAAACUACAUGGUAACUGUUAUCUUCUUUCUAAAGAUAAAUUAUUAAUCAUGAAAUGAUUGUUUUAAUUUAAAUCUGAUAAAAGACAGUUUGUUUUUGCUUCAAUUUUAUCAUAAGAAUGAUAAAAAAAGCCAGCAGUGACUGGAAAAUUUUCAAAAUAGACCUAAAGAACACAUUUCAAUUAAUUCUUUAGUGGGUAACCUGUUUGAGGAAGUCUUACUUAUACGCUCAGCUGUGCCUCCUCGUGUUUUAAACUUGAUAACCUUUUUUUCAGCUAUUACAGUCUGCUUUCAAGUAGCAAUUAAAACAGUGAGCUGACAGUCGCUGUUACGCCUUGAGCCAUUUUCAUUAAAAACACUCGGAGUUUUACUCAGAGUAUUGAUGUUCUUAUGACUGAUAGUUUAAACCAAAAUUCAGCUAGACGAAACACACUGCACCAUCCCCCAGCCAGUACCUUACGCAUGCGCACAGCCAUAUUACUUUUCCCUUCAGUGGUUUCUAGGACGAAAGAGGGGCUAUUCGUGGCUGCCACUGCGGCAGUGACAUGGCUGCGCACAUGCGUGAUAUAUAUUUACCAUCCCUGGAAGACUGUAGACACUGUUUUAAGUCAAGAAAAAAUAUCCAGUGUAAGUUUGUUAACAUUAUUACAUGUAUGUUCGUUAUUUUCAAAGCCGAUUCUCUUAAAGACAAAAAAUUAUUUCACUUCCCAUUUAAACGAACCUUAGAUUAAACAAAACUAAAUCAGUCUAAAGGUGAACAACAACAAUCCCCGCCUACCUCAAAUGUUGACUGUCAUUGAUUUUAGCGCCCCAUUUAUGAAUAAUGUAAAAAACAUCCAUUUUAUGAAACAGCAAAAUUGAUAUUGACAUCUUAACUCUAUGAAUACUGCGAAAACACUUGUGUAGUUUGUGAACUGACAUGCCUUCUUCUUUCCGUUUGAAAACUGGAAAGAUAAAGAUUUGUGCAGUGAUGUUGCGAAAAAUGGGAGCUUUGCUUUACAAAGGCCCUGUUUAUAUGGAGAGCUUUGUCGCCUACCCGAGCUACCCUGCCUGUAGAGCCAACUUUUCCUACAUUUUCCUACAUACGUGGCGAACAGUUUACACGAGAAACAAAAAGUUAGCUCGGCCAGCAGGGUGACCCACGUAAACCGCGCUUCACCCUUUUUCAAUGGACGGGUCCCAGUAACGAUUGGAAUCCGCGCUUCAUCCUUUUCCAAGGGUCGGGUCACCCUUCAAACCGGGCAAACUUUUCUCCAUAUAAACACUCUGGUUCAACUUGGUCAAGGCGAGACAAUCAGAGCUGGUGCGAGCGCUGUUGUCAGAUCUUGGCUUUGGCAAAGGGGCCCAUAUAAACGCUCGCUAAAGAUGACUCGGCUGGAAGGAACCCUCUUUAAUUGGACAACUUUUCUCCAUAUAACGGCGAGACCUAACUGGUGAGGUUGACCGUGCUUCCCGAAAUGGCUUCGGGUAAAGAGAAAGGUCACAUCCUUCAGGGGUAAAUUGAAGGAAUCUGGUAUAUUCUGCAGUAGAAAGCUAAUAUUUGAUAUUUCAUCUACAGACACAGAGCCGGACGAAAAACCAAGAGAGGUAAUAGUUAACUCACUGAUGCUCAACCAGUUUAGCCCACGUACGCUUGUUUCCUAGCACGAUAAGGGAUGGGGGAGGGGUGAAUGACUAUGAGAAAGAAAAUGAAACAAGCGUUUUCGUAUUCUUUCUCUCGCCGGGGAACGACUAUUACGCAGACCAUUUCCGAUAAUCUUAAGAUAAACUUUAAAGUGUUCGCCCCUGUUGACCUCUCCUACAGUACGGGAUUCCUAGGCAAGCGACUGAGCAUGCAUGUACCAAUUUUCAAUUUCGUAGACCGCCUUCGUGGAACAAAUUAAACUUAAUAAAAGAAGAAGAUGAUAUGCAGCAAUCAUACCAUUAAUAUACGUUAGCCUGUUCCAGGCUGCAAGAUGGUAGUACAGUCGUGCAGUAAAAGUGGUAUGAAAAAUGCGCUGGGGCUGGGGGAGAGAGAGAGAGAGAGAGAGAGUUGGCGGUGGUGGGUGGGUGUCAGUAAAGCGCAGGGUCCGGGUCGGGAUCUAUCUUUUUUUUUAAAGAAUGCUGUUUUAGGGUUAGGGUUAGGUUAGGGUUACUGCUAGUGUCAACCCUAACCCUUACCCUAACCCUAAAACAGCAUUCUUUAAAAAAAAGAUAGACCCCGACUCGCGUUUUACUGAUAGCAGGCGUAGUGGGUGGUGGUCAGUGGCGGUAAUCGUUAAAGAAAUGUUAACAGGCUCUCUUUGACUCACACCUAUUUUUGCGCCACUGCCCCCUUCGCCAGGUCUCGCGCGUCUUAUUUUCGCAUAGCUUGCUUUAUUUUUGCGACGUCCCUUGUAUCUGAAAGCCUUGCAUAGAAUAUGAUAAUCUAUUCCAAAAUAUAUACCCCACUGGGUGCGGAAUUGGAAAGGACCUAUGAUGAUGACGAUGAUGAGUGGUUUUUGCUGACUAGGGAUUUAGUGAGUAAUUUAGCUUGCACGUUCUUAAAACCAUCUAUUUUCAACCAGACAAGUACAUGAGUGAAAAAGAUAAUAUCUCCUUCUCGUACUUGUUCCUUUCCUGGAGUCUAGAACGCUCUAACUUUUUCAUUGCCGCACAUUCAUAUAAAGAGGAUAAGUGGAUGACGGAACGAAAGUCAAAGCUUCCUGUGAGAGAGAUUUUGUCGGCUUUUGAAACAAAUAUAGUUAAACACCUGGCCAAAAUAAAGCUUAAGUUCACAUUGCUUGCUUGCUUGCAAAAACUUCUGGGUGAUUUCUUUUUCGGACAACAAUAGUGUCCGAAAAUUAAACCUUCCAAAAAUGGCGACGUUUUCAAAAAAUUUAAGGCCAAUUAUGCAUGGUGCAGCUAAAAUCGGAAUAGUCUCGUGUCCCUCUCUCGACAUAUCUGCUAAAUCGUGAUGAUGUAUAUUAACUACGAAGACUUUUUUGCAUGAGAUUUGACCUUUUAAAAAUAAUACAAAUUGCAGAAUGAGGAACUGAGGGUAGAAAAGCCUACUGAAAGCAAACCAGAAGAGAAGCCUUCUGAAAGCAAACCGGAAGAGAAACCUUCUGAGAGCAAACCGGAAGAAAAACCCUCUGAAAACAAACCGGAAGACAAACCUUCCACAAACGAGCCUUUGACCGCUUCAGAUCAAAGUGCGGGAGAGGGGGAAAAAGAAAAAGGAAACGAUGAAAGCUCUGUAAAACAAGAGGAGGACACGAACAAAGAGGAGGAGAGACCAAAACUAAAUGUUGAAAAGGUUUGAAAAUAUAUAUACAUUGUUCUUUUCUCAACUACUUAUAAUAAAACGAAAAUCAAUAUUCUAUCUCUAAGAGACGAAAAAAAAGGGUAAUCGAAUGGAUAAACAACCAAAUAUUUUUUUUCUUAUUUGACAUAAGCGGUUCAGUAUUGAAAACUGAUAAAGGAUUAGUGAUAAAGCCCCGUUAAUGAAUGACACAUUGUUUUCACGUUUUUCACCAUGUUUCACGGAGUAAGAAUGAUAAUACGUAUUUAAUUAGAAGUCAUUACAGAUAGAACGUGAUAUCAAGGAAAACAAUUAUAAAAGUUGUUUUAUAUGUUAAGAAUUAUACUUGUCAUCUUUAGGCUGAAUACCACGGAACUUUAAAGCCAGUAGAUAAUUUUAACGCUGCAGAGGACGCUGAGGCCUUGAAGAAAAGCAUGAAGGGUUUCGGUAGGACAACACUCAGUUUUUGCUCAUUAAAUAGUUCCGGUACAAAGCCCAAAAGACGUAUUGUUAUUGUUACUGUAUUGUUGUUUAGUUUUUUUUGUUGUUGUUGUUUAUUUUUUCGUUUAUUUUUUUCGCAUUUGCUCAUUUACCUUUUUUUUACAACAAAAGCCGGUCGAUUGCAGAAAGCUAAAAUAAAAUUUAAAGUGAAUAAAUUAUAUUCCCUACGAAACCAAUACGAUAACUGGGUCAUUCAUAAGUGACGAUCAUUACAGUAUAGUGUUUGGUUACUUGAAAAUUCGUGCCCUUUGUCUUUGCUUUUUUCCUUUUCUGUCAAUAACAGGCAGUGAUGAAGAUGCUAUAAUAGCGAUUCUUGGAGCACGUACCAGCAAACAACGACAAGAGAUAGCCGCCAAGUUUGAACAGGAGUAUAGCAAGGUAUAACGUAGCGUCCAGUGAAAAGGGGGGUACUCCGGAUUUCAAUUGACGCGGAUGAUGCAAGGAGUUUUUUGGGUUUGAACUUUUAGAUUCCGGGUUUUUUGGGGCAGGAAAAUUUGGCAAAUAUAUUUUGGCUGUUCAAAACACUGAAGAUUUGUGGUAGUGCCCGUGUAUCCUAGCCGCGUAAUUCUACGAAAAUUCGGCAAGGGAUCUUUUUGAGGUCAAUUCAAUUUUUGGUCCAGGUAUUUUCUGGGGUUUUGUUUGAAGCCCAACGGAAUUUUUUGGGUUUUGAUUUUUGCCCCCGUUCGAUCAUCCCCGUCACCUGAAAUCCGGAGUACUCCCCCUGGCCAGCACAUCACUAACAAUCCCACAUCUUAAAUCUCUCUUUCCCUCUCUGGAUUUAGCUUCGUACUGAUUUUCCUUCAGCAAAAGCGGAGUUUUAUUAGGAGGGUGCGGUUGGUUUCACGAUAUUUAAGGGAGUAAGGGGACAGCUCGGAAGGGACACUUGUGCGCGCACUCCAACUCCAACAGUAAUGCAUAUGUAGUUAAGGGGCGCUUCCCAAAAAAUCAGAAGUGGCUGGGUGUCCAGAUCAGUCAUUUUGAAAGUGAAAUAUUAGACGACUUUUCUCGUUUUUUUUUCUUUUAAUCAAAACCCAUCACUGCGGUGCAUACCAUUUAGGAAUUAACUAAUCUAGCUGGAUAGACCCGAUUUCCAGUACCAAAAUACGGUGGAAUUUCUGCGACUGGACUGGUCUGGCCGGCCAAUUCUGAGAAAUGGUAAUCGCCGCCAUGGAUAUGGACUGAAGGACAGCUAUCUUAGUUGCUAUUUAACUCCAGUUUCUAGCUGUUAUCGUCUCUAAGAAAGUCUAUUUCUUUCAUUUUUUUCUCAGAACCUUGUUGAAGAAUUAAAGUCAGAACUCGGAGGAAAAUUUGAGGACGCAAUAGUGGCAUUAAUGUCCUCCCCCGAGUUGAACGAUGCCAAUUCCCUUCAUGAGGCCAUGUCGGUAAGACCCUUAACUCUGUAAUGAACACAGAAACGUCAUGGCAACAAUCAAAGUACCUUUAAUCUUUUAAUUUUGAUCCAUGUAAUAUCCUUCGUACUUUUCAGGGUCUAGGAACAAAUGAAGCAAUAUUAAUUGAGAUUUUAGCUUCACGAUCCCCUGAGGUGAGAGUUAAGGCUACACGUGACUCUGACGACUAUAAACACUUUAUUUGAUAAUGUACCCUGAUCUCUCGUAAGGAGUGUCUUUUGAAAAAGAGUGAUGAUUAUUAUUGGUGUCUCUUUUACAAAAGCUUAAUGCUAACACUAGUGAUUUUAUGUAGUUUGAGCAAAACCGUGAAAAUGAGAGCCAUCCUGAACAGCGUGGGCCUUUUUCUCUUUGUUUUGAGUUCGGUUGGCUGAUUUCAAAUUUGGCGCCUGACCAAACUUUAAGUUCCCGGAAAUGUUUCUUCAUUCUGAGCGAUGAACUGCUAUUGCAUACAGCAACAUAUAUGAGUUGUGUUAGACUAAAGUAUCUUUUUACAAAGCUGUCCCAGGUUUGUUGUUUUUGUUGUCGUUGUUGAUGUUGUUGGCUCUCUUUUAAGCCUGAGUUAUGACAGUUAAGUAUUCAAACAUCCCACUUUUUGUUACAGGAACUUCAAGCUAUUAAACCGGUUUACCAACAAGGUAAGUUAAUCACUUUAGACGAAAGAUAAUGAACAAAAUGUACAUGAGAAAAAUAGUGUAUUAAUCAUAGUUACCUGGUUUGGCUCAAGAAAUCACUUGUGCGCACAUUUUAUCACCUAGCAUUUAUUGUUUUGGAUGAGGUGAAGUGGCUUUUCUCAUAGGCGUUUUACAACUAGUGAACAAAAUAUUUAAAAAAACUCAUUAAUACAGUGAAACCUCUAUUAAGCGGACCCCUAAUUAAGCGGACACCCUCUAUUAAACGCACACUAAGCCGGGUCCCGAUAUUAAUGUCUUAUAUUUCCCUUUAUAAAGAAUCCCCGUUUCAGCGGACACCUCUGUUAAGCGGAGGCAGACACUAAAAUAAAUAGUAUUUGGGGACACUUGGGAAGGUCCCGUAGGUGUCCGCUUAAUAAAGGUUUCACUGUAAUUCAUAAAGAAAAAAAUUAAUGUUUAAAUUUUACGUCCAAUUUUUUAGACCAAAAUAACCCCAAAUCUAAAUAUCAGUGCAAGAAUUAGUUGACCUAUAUCAAAGAUUUUGAAUCCGUUCAUAAAACUCGCAGUAUCAGGUGUAAAAAGCUCUCGUCGUGCCAAAAGAAAUAAAACAACAAUGCUUUUGCAAAAUUUUGGGGGAGCAAACACGGUGUAUGUUCAAAUAGCGAAUUGCACCUGAAAACCGCAAACUGAAGGAUUCUGGUAGUUGCAGCUAGUCAAAUGAUGUCAUCGUACAAAUGUCCUGAUUAUUGAACUGCUCUUUUUUAUUGGAUAGUUCAUGGAAAGGACCUCACAGAGGAAAUAAGAAGUGAGACCAGCGGAGAUCUCCAAACCACGUUAAUAAAACUUGUUGAGGUAAGUCAUAUACUAUUUGUAGAUUUUUCCAUUCUGAAGGUUUCUAAUAUUGAACUUUUUUUUUUUCAGGGAAAACGAAGCAGUUCGGAAAAGGUAGACGAAAACCUUGCCUAUGAAGAUGCCAAGAAGCUAUUUGAGGUUAGCACGCAUUUGAUAUGAGAAAAACGCUAGUAGGAGACUAUAGUUUAUAUGAAAUAUGGCUCUCACCGUGGCACUUAGUUUUCACGUGCACAUGCUCCAAAAGGCUGUUCGCAUAUUUUUCUACUAAUACAAGCAAUAGACCUAUUCGGCUACCUCAAUGUUGUACCCAAUUCAAACCCUUUGGGAAUAAAACGUUUUGUUUCAGGAAUUUCCAUAUCAUUUAAAUGUGAAUGCCACAUUAUAAAUCCCCGGGAGAUUUGAAUUGGGUACAACAUUGAGUUAGCCGAAUAGGUCUAUCAAGUAAUACGAUGUAGCUACAAAAAAUAUCCAAAGUUAAUGGAAAAAGUCACAAGACAAUGAAACAACAAAGUGUUCCUUGUGGACCCUAAUUUAUUUCUAGGAUUAUACUCCUCUGCCUGCCAGAGGGCAUUAUUUCGUUAAAAAGAAAAACACGCAAAAAUAAAUAAUAUCAAACUAUCGGCUUUUUUGAAUGGGUAGACCUCUCACGACGUGUAUAAAACAUGCGUACUAACGUGUUGCUUCAAAAUUUUAUUCCAGUGCGCGUGUGCAUACCAAUACUCUGUGCUUAAAUAUAAAUGCUUUUAAAAUGACUUACUAAGCCCUAAAAAUCUCUUUCUUUACGUUCUACGUCACUUCAGGCUGGCGAAAAAGAGAAAUGGGGGACAGACGAGUCUGUCUUUGUCCAAAUACUUACAACGAGAAGUUUGGCACAGCUGCAAGCGACAUUUGAAGCAUACAAACAUGUAAGUACAAAGCUGAAACAGUACACCCUGCUCGGAAGGAGCAAGUCUCCCAUUUCGUAUUUCACUCCGCGCCACACGAGGACUCAGAUUAUGUCCGUUGUGAGGCAUUUUGCCUCAUAAUAUGCCUUAACAUUUUUAUUGCUGAGUGCCCUAACUCUUAGAGACGAUUUGCCCAAAACUUUGGGCAAAACCAUUUAAUAUUCACUUUGCGUUGGCGACCAUCGCUCAAAUACAUCUUCCCUUACGUGCUUCCUAGUAUCUUAUUAAAGACUACUUAAUUCAUUGGCCGUGCUUGGAAUUUGUUUUCCAUUGUGGACAUUUUGGAAUGUUGUGGUCAGCUAAGCCGGGAACCCUGGGUGUUCUGGGACAGUCGGGAAGCACUCGGAAGAUCCGAUCGUUUGCCGAGUGUCAUUAUGAGAGAUGACAAGUGAAGAGCCUUAUUCUAGUUCAUAGAUAUACUGUGAAUGAACAAUUAUAUUAUUAUUAAUAUUAUAUUUAUGAUUAAAAAAGAGAUAUCAGCGGGCUUCGAAGAUUUCUUGGUUCCAGAGCUCGCACAAACUGAUCAGGAAUUCCAAAACACCCGCCAAAUAAAAUACAUUCCACGCAUCAAUAAAGCGAGCAAUAAUCGCCCGUCCGAACGUCCACCCCUUCAUGUUACCGGAUGCGAUAUGGAACACUUACUAGGUAGCUAAUUGCUUAACUUGGUAUUGGACAUCCAUGUUAUGAUCAAUUGACAGCUGUCAAAAAGGUAUCCGCUGACCAGUAUCACAUGACUGUAUCGCUAACUUAGGUAUACAACUCACGGAGGUGACGUAUUUUUUAAAGUUAUUCGCUGACCAGUUUUUGGUUUUAAAUUGAUCGCGGGUUCAGGUCCAUCUUUUUAAAGAUGGAAUUCAGUUUGCUUUCUGCUUACGUCAAAAGUUGAAUUACUUGAGAAAGACAUUUCCUAAAACAUCCCUCGAGACAUUUGCUUUUGGCCUUGGCUAAAUCACAAUCUUAGCCUUGGGUAAACUGAUUAUCGCAUGUGAGAGCUACCUGUCUUCUAACUUUGAAAAGAAUCUCUCUAAAGUCAUAUGUCUCUUAUCAACAGGUUGCCAAGAAAGACAUUAUGGACUCGGUAAAUGAUGAACUUACUGGAGAUUUCCACGAUUCCAUUCAGGCAAUAGGUAAUGGACGUAAUGAAUAAAACUUUUUACGCGUAUUAAAAUAAACACGAAGUCCAAGUUUGGUAAGCCCUAAUAUCACCAUUGAUAUUCUCAUGACUACUUUCUAUACCUUUGUUAUGGUACUGAUAAGGAGAGUUCACUUUUCCUUUUCCGACUCGACCUUUAUAUAAGACUACCCAGGGUUAUAACAAGGAGAAAUUAAUGCUGAACACUUUCAGGGAUAGUUUGGAUUUCCGCCGCCAAACAGCGGUUGGAAAUCGAGCUCAUCUUAGUGGUAAAGGAAUUCCACUAGUAUCAGUAAACUGCAAACAAAUUGACCUCCUAAAAGAGCGCAAAUUAAUUUGCACACACUAACUGCUCCAUUGUUUCAGCAAAAGCGACUAGGUCACCACUAAGCGUAAGUGAGAUGUACAACUUAUUACAUAUAGCGUGAUUGAUUGACUGUUUUCCAUGUUUUAAAUUUUCCUUUAGUUCGUUGCACACGAAACCCUCCUCUAUAUUUUGCGGAAGUCUUAGACGAUGCCCUUGGAGGUAUAUCGGCUGACAGCAAAGACAUUGCUCGUGUUGUGAUCUCAAGAUCUGAGGUGAGUGGAAACUGAGUCAAGAAAGCGUAAAACAAAAAUCUAGGGAAAUAACUUGCACUAGUGCUUUAACGUGGACGAAUUCUUUUUACUGCUCCAUUAAGCGGAAAUAUUGAGCACAAAAUGCUAACGAAAUGGUGCCAAUUAUUUCUCAGUGUGUCCUUCAAUGAUUUCUUUCAGAUUGAUCUGGCUGAUAUAAAAGCCGAGUACGAGAAGAUGAAAGGUAUCCCUCUCAAACAGGUGAUAGAGGAUCGCUUGAAAGGAGACCUGGAAAAAUUGCUGCUGCAAAUUCUAGGAGACUGAGAAACCAUUUUUUUCCAACCAAUUUAAUCAUAGAGAAGCACUUGGACACGAAAUUUGAACAUUUCUAUUUAAAAGACGUAUUUAAUUAUAGAGUGAAUGUAUUUAAGUUAGAAAUAGAAUGUUAGCAGUAUACAUCCACUGCAAGUGAAAGAAUACAGAAAAAAUCCGUGAGUGAGAACCCGCAUUUUCCCAACUUAGCCUAACAGGUUCUUACAUAAAUCAGGUAAUUAGCACAAAUUUAAGCUAUUUUGGUUCUUAUAUAAGUGGGUUCUUAUUUUCUGAAGAAAAAUAUAUAUAUUGUAGCUUAGGGUAUUUACUGGUAUUUAGCUUAUUCCUAUUAGUAUAAAUUGCAGUUGAAGUGAUAAGGCAUCUAUGUUUCUCCAAAGAGGAUCUUGGAUGUUGACUUACGUUUAUUAUUUUUUGCCCAAGUGUACAGAAUUUUUUUUAUAGAUUUUAGAAAAUAAGAAGUUGUUUCAAACUUUAGGCUAAACAGGUUUUUGUAUAGAGGGCGCCUAGCUGGAAAAUUGUAGCCUAAAAUAAAUAGGCAAAAAACCAGGUUCUUAGUUGCGGGUUUUUACUGUAUAUUCAGUUGUGGGAUAUUGAAGGAGGUCCGUUGUCAGGAAUAAGGAAUUAUUGUACAAAAUAUAUAACACCAUUGCCUAUUUAUAUAUCACAUACAUACGCUAUCAGGGCAAAUUUUGUAAGAAGUUUAGUUUACGAUUUGAAAUUUUCUGGUGCGAAGGCAGACCACCCAC